AUGUCGAGCCAAGCGCCGACGUUCACGCAGCCGCUGCAGAGCGUCGUGGCACUGGAGGGUAGUGCCGCGACGUUCCAGGCUCAAGUCACUGGUUCUCCAGUUCCGGAGGUGAGUUGGUUUCGUGAUGGCCAGGUGUUGUCCGCCGCGUCUCUUCCCGGCGUGAGGAUCUCGUUCAGCGAAGGCCGCGCUGUCCUGAGCCUCGCCGCCGUGAACGCGUCGCACAGCGGCCGAUACUCCGUCCGCGCCACCAACGCCACCGGACAGGCCACGUCCACCGCCGAGCUGCUGGUCACAGCGGAGACAGCGCCCCCUGUGUUCGUGCAGCGUCUCCAGAGCGCCACCGUGAGGACAGGCAGCGCGGUGCGUCUGGAUGUCAGAGUUUCCGGGAUUCCCACUCCCACCGUCAAGUUCUACCGAGAAGGAGCCGAGAUCCAGAGCUCGGCGGACUUCCGGAUCGUCCAGGAUCAGGACCUCCACAGCCUGCUCAUCCGAGAGGCUUUCCCCGAAGACAGUGGCUCGUACUCGGCCACGGCGAGCAACAGCGCAGGGCGCGCCACCUCCACCGCCGAGCUGCUGGUGCAAGGUGAAGAGGCGGUUCCUGCUAAGAAAACGAAGACCAUGGAGGGCGUGACUCUGACACACAAGACUCCGCCCAGAGUCCCGCCCAAACCCACGUCCAAGUCCCCGCCCUCCGCCUCGCCGUCGCCCGCCCUGGCCGCUUCACCCGCCGGGAAGGUGGCGGGUGCCAGGCAGCAGUCUCCCUCACCCGUGCGCCACGUCAAAGCGCCCACGCCCACGCCAACCAGAGCGGCGACAGGAGCAGCAGAUGUGCCUCCCCCCUGGAAGAAGACAGCGCCCCCCAGUGGGCAGCCACAGCCACAGCCACAGGUGGUAGAAGCGGCACUUCCUGUCGAGGAAGGAGUGAUCCCGCCCACAAUCAUCUCUGGUCUGACGAACCAGACGGUGACGGAGGGCGACAGUGUGACCCUGCGUUGCCAGAUCAGCGGUACGCCGGCGCCCGUGGUCAUGUGGUUCAGGGAGGACUUCAGGAUCCAGGACUCGGUGGACUUCCACAUGAGCUACGAGAACCGAGAGGCUCGACUCGUCAUCAGGGAGGCGUUUGCCGAAGACAGCGGACGCUUCACCUGCACGGCCACUAACCAGGCCGGCACCAGCAGCUCCUCCUGCUACCUCCUCGUGCAGGUGUCUGAGGAGAUGGACACAAGAGAUGAGACUGUCCCUGAACAGCAAGAGACAAUCCCGCCGGAGCCGGAGCAGCCAGAGGAGCAGGUGCCGGAGGAGGACAGGUGCAGCCCUGUCUUCAGUCAGGUGCCGCAGGUGCAGAGGCUGGUGGAAGGGGGCAGCGUCGUGUUCCAGGCCUCGGUGCAGGGUCGACCCAAACCUCAGGUGGUGUGGAAGAAGAACGGAGUGCCCAUCACCACCGGAUACAGAUAUAAAGUGACUUAUAAAAAAGAAACAGGCGAGUGCCGUCUGGAGAUUUCCAUGACCUUUGCCGAUGACGCCGGAGAAUAUUCUGUGACCGCCAAGAACCAGAAAGGAGAAGUGACCGCCUCCGCCAGCCUGCUGGAGGACGAGGAAUAUGACGCUUACAUAAAGAAACAAGAAGAAGCCGCCAAACCAGUGACAGUGCCAAGCCCCGCCCCCGCGGAGACCGCCGUGAUCACCGGACAGGAGUUCCAGUUGUCCGUGAUGGAGAUGCGCUUCAUCCUGGAGGUGGAGACUCGUCUCAUGAAGUUCACGUAUUCAGAUCUGCUCUCUCAGGACGGGCAGGAGCCAGAACCCGCCGCGCCCGGAGACCCGGCGCAGCCACACUUCACCGCCACCGUCAAGAACUAUCGCAUCAGAGCCGGCAUGGGCGCCACCUUCCACUGCCAGGCCCAGGGCAACCCCAGACCCAAGAUCACCUGGUACCGAGACGGGCAGAGGCUGCAUCCUUCCGACCGGUACCACAUGGAUGUUUUGGCGGACGGGAGGGCGAGUCUCCGCCUCCCGGCCGUUACCCCCGACGACCAGGCCGUGUACUCCGUCCUGGCCUCCAACGCCUCCGGGAACGUCAUCUGCUCUGGAAAACUCUACGUAGAACCAGAAACCCGACCAGGACUGGCCCCCCAGCCGGCCCUACAGAGGAUCAGCUCGGCGUCCCCCAGAGCCGUCAGCCUUUCCCCCGGCCGCUCUCCCGCCCGCUCCCCCUCUCGCUCGCCCGGGCGCUCUCCCGCCCGCAGACUGGACGAGACCGACGAGGCCGCGCUGGAACGACUCUACAAACCCGUGUUUGUGAUGAAACCCGCCUCUGCCCGCUGCUCCGAGGGCCAGACCGCCCGCUUUGACCUCAAGGUGGUGGGGCGCCCCAUGCCCGAGACGUACUGGUUCCACAACGGCCAGCAGGUGGUGAGUGACUACACUCAUAAGAUCGUGGUGAAGGAGGAUGGCACUCAGUCUUUGAUCAUCGUUCCUGCGGCGCCGCACGACGCCGGCGACUGGACUGUGGUGGCACAGAACCGUGCUGGACGCAACUCUCUGUCUGUGACCCUCACUGUGGAUGUGAAGGAGACCCUGGUGCGGCCUCAGUUCACGGAGAAACUGAGGAACCUGAGCGUGAAGGAGGGCAGCCUGGUGGAGCUGGCAGUGAAGGCCAUGGGCAACCCUCUGCCCGACAUCGUGUGGCUCAAGAACAGUGACAUCAUCACGCCGCACAAGCACCCCAACAUCAGAGUGGAGGGCACACGUGGAGAGGCAAAGUUCCAGAUCCCGUCGGCGGUGGGCACAGACAGCGCCUGGUACACGGCCACGGCCAUAAACAAAGCCGGGCGCGACACCACCCGCUGCCGAGUGAACGUGGAGGUGGAGCAGGCCGAACCGGCGCCAGAACGCAAACUCAUCAUCCCCAAAGGGACGUACCGCGCCAAAGACAUUGCUCCGCCGGAGGUGGAGCCUCUGCACCUGCGCUACGGCCAGGACCAAUGGGAGGAGGGCGACCUGUACGACAAAGAGACCCAACAGAAACCGCAGUUUAAGAAGAAGCUCACGUCCGUGCGCAUGAAGAAGUUUGGCCCCGCCCACUUCGAGUGCCGCCUCACGCCCAUCGGAGACCCCAACAUGGCGGUCGAAUGGCUGCACGACGGGAAACCGCUCGCCGCCGCCAACCGCCUACGAAUGAUCAACGAGUUUGGAUACUGCAGCCUGGACUAUGAUGUGGCAUAUGCCCGGGACAGCGGUGUCAUCACCUGCAGAGCCACAAACAAGUUUGGAGUGGACCAAACGUCUGCCACCCUCAUCGUGAAGGACGAGAAGGGGCUGGUGGAGGAGUCGCAGCUGCCCGACGGGCGAAAGGUGGCGCGCAUGGAGGAGAUGGAGAAACUGGCACACGAGGGCGGUCCGUACGGCGUCACCGCGGAGGAGCCCACCGAGAAAGCUCACCCUGAAAUCGUCCUGGUACCAGAGUCCGUGCAGGUCCUGGAGGGAGACACGGCCCGCUUCAGGUGUCGUGUGACCGGGUUCCCGGCGCCGAAGGUGGACUGGUACCUGAACAGGCAGCUGAUCCGGAAAAGCAAACGAUACCGACUCAGAUACGACGGAAUUUAUUAUUUAGAGAUCACAGACGUGAAGUCGUACGACGCCGGAGAAGUGAAGGUGGUGGCGGACAAUAACGUAGGUUGUGUGGAGCACCUGGUGAAGCUGGAGAUCCUUCAAAAGGAGGACUUCAGAGGGCACCUGAAACGCGCCGAGGGCAAAGCCGAGGCAGCGCCCACGGAGCCCGGCCGUGUGCCCUUUGAAGUGGUGAAGGCCGAGGCGCCGGGCGAGGACUGGCAGCUCAAGGAGGUGGUAACGCUGAAGAAAGCACAAAGAAUCGUUCACGAGAAGGAGACCGAGGAGACUGAGGAACUGAGGAGCAAGUUCAAGCGCAGGACUGAAGAAGGGUACUACGAGUCCAUCACCGCCGUGGAACUGAAGAGCCGAAAGAGAGACGAGAGCUACGAGGACCUGCUGAAGAAGACCAAGGAGGAGCUCAUGCACCGCAAGAACGAAAAGGAAGAGGCUGAGAAGAAGAAGGAGGAGGAGCGUCGUAAGAUCACGGCCAAAGCCCUCAAACCGGAGCGUGUGAAGCUGUCGGCGAGCAUGGAGGCGCCAAAGAUCCUGGAGCGCAUCACGAGCCAGACCGUGGCCCAGGGUCAGGAGGUCCGAUUCCGCGUCCGCGUGGUCGGGCGCCCGGACCCGGAGUGCCAGUGGUUCAAAAACGGCGUCCAGCUGGAGAAGACAAACCGGGUGAGCUGGUACUGGCCCGAAGAUCACGUCUGCGAGCUGGUCAUCAAAGACGUGAGGGCCGAAGACUCCGCCUCCAUCAUGGUCAAAGCGAUGAGCAAGGCCGGCGAGACGUCCAGCCACGCCUUCCUCCUCGUGCAAGCCAAACAGGUGAUCUCGUUCACGCAGCAGCUGACGGACGUGAACGCCAAAGAGAAGGACACGAUGGCGACGUUUGAGUGUGAGACCAACGAGCCGUUUGUGAAGGUCAAGUGGCUCAAAGGAGAAGAGCAGAUCUUCUCCGGAGACAAAUACCGGAUGCACUCGGACAGAAAAGUCCACUUCCUGUCUGUCCUCACCAUCGCCAUGAAGGACGAGGACGACUACUCCUGCGUCCUGCUCGAGGACGACAGCAUCCGCACGACCGCCAGGCUCCACGUGGAGGGAGAACCUCUGGAGCUGCUGAAGCGUCUGGAGUCCACUGAGGUUCCUGAGAGCUACAGCGCCGAGUUUGAGUGUGUGGUUUCACGCGAAGACGCAGAGGGGACAUGGUUCUUCGGCGAAAAACCCCUGACGCCCAGCGUGAAGUACGUGAUGACGUCCAGGAGGGGGCGCCACUCGCUCUCGGUCAAAGACGUCAAGAAGGAAGACCAAGGAAAAUACACAUUUAAAGUGGGCGAGUUCAGCACCAGCGCCUCGCUCAAGAUGAAACUGCGUCCGGUGACCCUGAUGGGUCCACUCUGUGACCUCACGGUGUGCGAGGGCGACAUCGCUCAGAUGGAAGUUCGAUUUUCCCAGGAGAACGUGGAGGGGGUGUGGCUAAAGAACGGACAGCCAAUCACAGCGUCCGACCGAGUGCACAUGGUCGUCGACAAAACGACGCACAAACUUCUGAUUGAAGACACGACAAAGAGCGACCACGCCACAUACGGCUUCAACGUCCCGUCGCACGACAUCACCAGCAGCGCCAAACUCAACGUACAGACCAUCGGGAUCCUCAGUCCUCUGAAGGACACGUCGGUGGUCGAGGGCACUAAGUGCGUUCUGGAGGCCAAGAUCUCGGCUCAGGACGUCAGUUCGGUGAAAUGGUUCCACGGAGAAGUCCAGAUCUCAGGGUCAGACCGGAUCCAAACUGUGGCCAAAGGAGCCAAGCAGAGACUGGUUCUGAACCGGACCCAUGAGUCGGACCAGGGACGGUACCGGCUCCAGGUGGGAAGAGUGGAGACCGCCUGCAACCUGACCGUGCAACCGGUCAAGAUCGUGGUUCCGAUGAAGAACCGUGAGUGUUCCGAGUCUGAGAACGUGGUGUUUGAGGUGGAAGUGUCUCACGCCGGAAUCGACCCGUUCUGGACGUUUAAGGGAACGCCGCUCAAAUCCGGCGCCAAAUACAAAAUGGAGUCCAAGAAGAAAGUGCACACGCUGACGGUGAUGAACGCCAUGAAGGACGAAGAGGGCGAGUACGGCUUCGCCGCCGGCGAAAAGACCUGCGCCGCCAUCCUCACCGUCACAGGUGGUGCCAUAAAGAAGCCCCUCAGGGACCUGGUGGUGGCGGACUCGCAGACGGCUGUGUUGGAAUGUGAAGUGGCGAACCCUUCGUCCCAGGGCCAGUGGCUGAAGGACGGGACGCCCGUCGACUUCAGUGAAAAUGUCCAGAGCCAAACUGACGGCGCUGUUCGCCGACUCGUCAUCAGCAUCACCAAGGCAACCGACAUCGGCGAGUACACUUACCAGGUCGCCACGUCCAAGACGAGUGCCACACUGCGGGUCGAGGCGGUGAAGGUGAAGAAGACUCUGCGUAAUUUGACCGUGGUCCAGACUCAGGAGGCGGUCUUCAGUUUGGAGCUGACUCACGAAGAUGUCCGAGGAGCUCAGUGGAUCAAAAAUGGUGUCGAGCUUGUUCCCGGCGACAAAUAUGCUAUCACGGUGGAGGGUGCCGUCCACACGCUCGCCAUCCGCAACUGCACCGCCAACGACGAGUCCGUGUACUCCUUCAAACUCGGCAAACUGUCGGCCAAUGCCAGGCUCAAUGUGGAGACCAUAAAGAUCCUGAAGAAACCCAAAGACGUGACUUCGCUGCUCGGCGCCGCCGCAGUCUUCGAGGUCGGUCUGUCUGAGGACGACAUUCCCGUCAAAUGGAUGUUCAAAAACAAAGAGCUGGAAUCCGGAGACUCGUACCGGAUCACGUCAGACAAGAAGAACCACAAACUCAUUGUCCAGGAUGUGGACCGCAGCAAAGAAGGAGAAUACACGGCGAUAGUGGGACAUCUGCGCGCCAGCGCCACCCUCACUGUGGAGGCCCUGCGUGUGACCAAGCCUCCUCGCCCGGUGGAGAUCUUUGAGACUCAGCCGGCGACGCUGGAGGUGGAGGUAUCGCACCUGAAUGUGCCGUCGCUAUGGAAACGAAACGGCACUGAGCUGGAGACCAGUGAGAAGUUCAGGAUCAGCAGCUCCGGAAAGUCCCACACUCUGAGGAUCAUGAACACCUCACGAGAAGAUCAGGGAGACUACAGCUUCAUCUGUGGCAGUGACAGCGUCAGCGCCAAGGUCACCGUCAAACCGGUGGAGAUCACUCAGCCCCUGUCGGACAUUAACGCUCAGGCCAAAGACACGGUGACAUUUGAGGCGAUGGUGAACGUGGAGAACAUCUCGUACAGGUGGUUGAAGAACGGUGUGGAGAUCCGCUCCACCGACCGAUGCCAAGCGCGCUGCAAACAGCUGAACCACACCCUGAGUCUGAGAAACGUGCACUUUGGAGACAACGCUGAAUACAGUUUCUGCGCCGGGUCGGCCAAGACCAGCGCCAAGCUGUUCGUGGAGGCUCGUGUGGUGGAGUUCACGAAGCAGCUGAAGGACCUGAAGAUCACAGAGAAGAAACGUGCCACAUUUGAGUGUGAAGUGAACGAACCCAACAUCCAGGUCAUGUGGAUGAAGGACGGACAGGAACUGGAGAUGUCCGACAGGUAUAAGAUGAGCUCGGAUAAGUUUGUGCACAGACUGGUCCUUCCGUCUGUGCGUCUGUCAGACGUUGGCGAGUACACGGCGGUGGCGGGCGCCAGUAUGAGCGCGGCUCGCCUCACCGUGGAGGGACGCGACGUCAGGAUCAACGAGCCCGCCACGCAUGACGUCAUCGUGGUGGAGAAGCAGAGGGCGAACUUUGAGCUGGAGGUGAGUGAGGAGGAGGUGGAGGGACGCUGGGCGAGAAACGGGGUCCAGAUCAACUUUGCGUCUGAGGAACGUCUGAGCUACGUGACCAUCCGAAAGCUCCACCGCCUCACCAUCUCCGAGACGUACCGCAGCGACGCCGGAACCUACACCUUCUACGCCGGGAAGAACAGCCGCGAGCUCCGCCUCACCGUCAGGCUCCCGGAGCCUCCAGAGAUCGUGAGGCACAUGUCGCCCAUGGACGUGACGGCGGGGAAGCCCAUUCGCUUCUCGGUGCAGGUGGGCGGUCUGCCGGCGCCGCAGGUCACAUGGUACAGAGAAGGCUCCUCAUUGGAGGCCUCAAACAAAAUCAAGUUCAUGCACGACGCCAACGAACACACGCUGCUGCUCCUGGAAGUGGCGCCAGAGGACUCCGGGACGUACAGCGCCGAAGCUCGCAACGACUACGGCGAAGCGACGAGCUCCGCUACACUCAACGUCACAGUCCCGGUCCACGCCGAAGUCGCCCGUGUGACUCCGCCCUCUCUGCUGGUUCCUCUCAGAGACGUUCUCGUGGCUGAAGGACGCACCGCCAACUUCCAGUGCGCCGUCUUUGGAGAUGACUUGUCGGUGUCGUGGUUCUUAAACUCUCGUGAGCUGCAGGAGUCGGUGGACGUGCACAUGUCUCGCUCAGGUGAGACGUUCUACCUGAACGUGUCCAAAGUGCAGCUCGAUCACGAAGGCGAAGUCUCCUGCGUCGUGUCCAACGCCGCCGGAGUCGUGAACUCGGCCGCCACGCUCCACAUCGACGGUGAGAACUUCCCGCCGUUGUCUUCUGAGGUCUCUCACUUUGAGCUCAGUCAAACCUCUGGAUCGUUCGAGGCGUCUCAGUCUCAGAGCUGCACUUCGGUCUCUGUGGAGCACGUGGAGCAGAACCUCUUCUCCUCCUCGAUCUCUUCCUCGAUCUCCUCCUCGGUCUCCUCCUCCGUCCUCCACAGCUCUUGUCUGGAGACCUUUAGCUCGGAGCAGAUCUUUGGAGCGGCUCCUCGUCUGGUGGAGGACAUGGAGGACGUGUGUGUCUCCGCGGGGGAGGAAGCCCGCUUUCAGUGCUCCUUCGUGGGCUUCAGCGCCGUGGAGUGGGCCCAUAAUGGCGCCGGACUGGUCCCGGACUCAGACCGGGUCCGGACCUUCGGCUCCGGUCCCGGCGUCGGUCUGGUGAUCGCGGCGGUGAGGCCGGACGAUCAGGGCGUGUACCGGUGCACGGCGGCGAACGCUCACGGCAGCAGCUCCGCGUCGGCUCGUCUCACGCUCCAAGUGCUGCCCCCUGCUGCACAACCAUCUAACCCCCCCACCCCAGUGUGCCCCGUGUGCCCCCUGCUGUUCACCCUCUGUACCCCCGUCCUGUCUGGGUGUCUCUGCCCCGUGUGCCCCGUGUGCCCCAUGUGCCCCCUGCUGUUAACCCUCUAUUUGCGACCAACCCUCUCUUCAGAAACCCCCAUUUCUGCCGAUUCUGUCCCCCAAACUGUCCCCAAACUCUCCGCACUGCACGGGGCUCUGCGGGAAUCUAACCCACAACCAACUGAGCCCAAACCAGACCCGGACCACGUCUCCGUCCUGGAGGAGACCCUGCAGAGGUGGCUCUUCUUCCCCGAUUCGGAGCCUCCGCGUUGGGCAGACUUUGUGGUGAAAGUGCCCCCGGAGCUGCUGCGGCGCUCGGGGGCAAAGCGGGCGUCUGCCGCAUUAAUGCUCUGGUUUUACAAUCGGAUCAACACGGACGACUUUUACGCCAACGGUCUGGGGCCUAAAGCAGGAGCAGAGAAAAGCAUGGCAGACUUCACCAAACCAGCGCCAAACCAGAGGAGACGCGACGGCACCGAGGGCACCGAGGGCACCGAGGGCACCGAGGGCACCGAGGGCACCGAGGGCACCGAGGGCACCGAGGUCACCGAGGUGACUGAAGUGGAGGGAAAACCGUUGGCCCAGGUGCCCGAGGCUAAAGUGAUCGACCCCAAAGACAAACCCGACCCUCGGCCCAAACGCGUCCCCUCGUCUCUGGAGCGAAAGAGAGAGCGACCGUCCUUCCUCGCCGAACUGUCCCGUAGCGUCUCGGCGAUCUCUGGCGAAUCGUUCAGGUUCAGCGUCCGCGCCGCCGGAUUCCCCAAACCCACCGUGACCUGGUUUCACGAGGGAAGCAACAUCAGCUCCUCGUCGCUGUACGAAUUCACUCACGAGAAAGAGGAGUUCUGCCUCGUGAUCCGUGAGGUCCGCGAGGAGCACGGCGGCGAGUACAUGUGCACGCUUAGCAACAGGUUCGGACAGGCCACGUGUAAGUCCUAUUUAAACGUGGAGGUGAGAGAGACGGGUAAACCGCCGCUAUUCACCAAAACCAUUCAGAACGUGCAGGUUUCCGAAGGAGCCGAGGCCGUGUUUGGUUUUGUCGUCAUGGGAACGCCGCUUCCCGAAGUCACAUGGUUCAGAGGAACAGCUCAGCUUCACCCGAGUGCGCUCUGUGUGAUGGUGGCAAACGCGGACGGCAGCGGGUUUUUGACCGUUAAAACCGUGAAAGCCGAAGACGGCGGUAUUUACGUGUGCAAGGCCGUUAACCCGUUUGGUGAAGCGUCGUGCAGCGGCGAGCUCCUGGUUCUGGCAAAGAGGAGUUCUGCGCUGAAGAUUUCACUGACAGGACAAAGCGAAACGCGAACGAACCGCGAGCGUUCGGACCAAAUGAUCUACACCAUCAGCACAGACGACCGCCAGAUCAUACAAAGCGAAGAGGUGCAGGCGCUAACUGGCGUGGACGUGUUGGCGGCGACGCUGCACAAAGAAACGCUAACGCAACAAGCUGCGGUGCUACAGUCUCACGCGAUUCAGGAACGUGUGUCGCCAGUGCCGCCCAAACAUCCAGAAUCCUCCAUCGCGACUCAGGGAAAACAGCUGCGGGUGUCGACGUUCGUGUCCUCCAUCGAAGAACAGCAGAAGAUUCUGGAGCAGCAUUCGGAGAGGAUCCUGAGUCCAGAGAUCUCUGAGGUUCGACUCCUGAAAGAGGAGAGAUCUAAACUGAUGUCCGCUUCAUCUGAGGAGGUGGUCCCUCUGAGCAGCGUGAAGGCCGAGCUGCUCAAAGACGUCGCUCCAGAAAAAACAAACACCUCCACGGAAACGCGCCACAUCCUGAGCUCGGCGCAGGUCACGUCCGCUUUACCGAUUCAAGACGAGGCGCUGGGGAAGGUGCAUCGUCCCCUGGAGGAAACCAGCUUCAGAGUCACAGAGGGGCUAAAGAUUUUGUAUUCAGCUCAAACUUCAGAACAGAUGCUGCUAACGGAAAGUCACGCCGAGACGAUUCGAGAAGCAGAUAAACCCAUGAAGCCUCAGAUUCAAAAAGAGGCGCUUAAAACGACAGUGGCCCCGGUGAGUCAAACCCGGACUGAGCUUCACAAAGAGGAAGUGUUUGACAUGUUCAGACCAGAGCAGGAGAAAGCCGCUCAUGUGAAGGACUUAGAUCUCAAAUCUGCCGCGAAUGUGGAGGAGAGGCGUGAGAUUCAGGCCGAACAGCAGGGGGCAGUGCAGAGUCUGGAGACAGGCGUGAGUGUGCAGGUCCAGAAGGAGGAGGAGAGGGUGCUAAAGCUGCAGGUUAGCUCCAAACACGACGUCUACGAAGCCGAGGGGAGGUUUAGUGCUGAAAAACCUCAUCUGGAGCAAGCCGAGGCCAGGAAAAGUCCAGUGAUUUUACAAGCGGUGACACAAGACGAACAGCGGACUUUAGUGUGCGAGAAAUCAGACGAGAUCGGCGAAAAACCGAAUGUGGAAUCGGCUCUCGUCAUGAAAGAGUCGCGGCAAAAGAAACACGUGCAGUGUGUCCAUUCUCCGACCGUUUUACCGAAAGAAGACAUAAUAAAAGAGGCAAAAACUGAAGCAUUUACUGCAAAUUCUAAAGUAGAACGGGCUCGGAAAAAUGCAGCAAUUUCCGAAGAAUGGCGAGAGCUAACGGCGGAGCGCGACGAAGAGCUGAAAGUCUCAGUUUCAGGCGUUAGACCCGAGAUUCGUAAAGAAGCGAAACCGGUAAAUGUGCUUCCUGUGUCUGUUUCUGCGACGCAAUUGUCCAAAGAAUCUCCAUUCGUUAGCGACGUGAAGCAGCAGCGGGCAUUAGUGCAAAAAGAGGAAUUCUGGAACAUUCUACAGCCGCUGAAUGUGACGGAGACCCGCGCUUUAGAGGAGGGGCAUACGGAUGACAUCACGGCAGAGGCAGAGUUUAAACCUGUCGUCAAAACUGAGCCAAAAAUUCCCAAACGUCCGAUUUUUAUCGAGGAGAAAGCGGUGGCGACGGAGAGCUGCGUGGUUUUAGACGCGGCCGAGGAGGAUUAUGCGUUUCAGAUCCAAGAGGGACAGGAAGUGCGGCGGUCCGUGGUGUUGGAGGAGAGACGGGUGCUUCUGGGAGAAAGGUCUGAGGAAAUACGGAAAUCUGAGGAGCAAAACGUGAGCGCCGUCGAACAAAAGAAAGAUGUUUUAUUUGUGCAUGAAUCGCUGGACUCUGCAGCGCUGCUUAAAGAGCUGCAUUUCCACGUUCAAAUCCCCAAAACGUCAAAGGGAAACCUGAGGCAGCAGGUCAAAGAGGCGCUACGGUCCGCCGUCGCACAGGAGCAGCGUGUCGUUCUAGCCGACGUCGUGAACGCACUGAAACCGACAGAAAUACAGGAAGUGCGCAUCAGCAAACAGCCACAGCACGCCACGUUCUCUUACCUCAUCACAACACCGGGGCACCCCAUUGAGAUCGUGCUCACCUUAGACAGCGAGUAUACGCAAAAAGCAGAACUCAAAUCCGAACUGCAGGUGGCGCUACACGCUUUGCUCUUCCACGAUCAGAAAAGUCUAACGUCCGAACAACCGCGCGGAAUCCAACCUGAAAACAAACCGCAAAAGGCAAAUAUCGCCACAGAAACAAUGAAAAAGCAGGUGCAGUCGACCGUGGUGAAGGAGCUGACGAUCGAAGAGAGCGCGGUGACGUUACGGAGCGAAAACGUGCAAAAGGCCAGGCUCAAAACCGAAACAAAGGCAUCUUUUCAAACUGCGAUAAAGCUCGAGCGCGAGGAGUUCAUCUCUGAGGCCGUCAUCAUCGGCGAAAUGUCGGAAACUGUGUCAGACUCGCCCGUUAUCGAAGACCCGUUACAGGACGUGUUCGCUGAGGAAAACGGAACAGCUGUGUUUAAAUGUACGGUCAGAAACGCCACGAAAAUGACGUGGUUUGUGAACGGCGACGAGGUGGCGCCGGGCCGAGGGCUGAGGAGCACCAGGGACGGAGACAUGUUCUGUUUGGAGAUCGGAAAAGUGUCCAAAGCGAAAGACGGAGCAAAGGUGGAGCUGCAGGCGAGGAACCAGAGAGGAACAGUCCAGACCACGGCUCGACUGACCGUGGUCCAGAGAGUGAAGCCCGUUUUCCGUCACCGCAUUUCUCCGGUGGAAAUAAACCUUGGAAACUUGGCGAAGUUUGAGUGUGAGACGGAGGACGCUCCGAACGUGACCUUCAAAUGGUUCAAAGACGGGAAGCAGCUGAAGGAGGGCGAGAGAGUCCGGAUCAUCAGCCGUGUGAGCUCCUCCUCGCUUGAGCUGCUCAGCGCCGCCAGAGACGACGCCGGCGAGUACGUGUGCCGCGCGUCCAAUCAGCACGGCUCUGACGAAUGUUCCGCCCCCCUGCACGUCACAGAGAAGUGUGCUCCGGUCUUUGUGUCUAAGCCCGACAGUCCCCAGAGUGAGUUUGUGGGCCGACAGGUGCAGUUCACCUGUGAGAUCAGAGGCUCCGCCCCUCUGUCUGUGCUGUGGUUUAAAGACGGCGAGCCCGCUCAGGCCCGCAGCUCGUUUGAGGCGGGUAAAGCGUCUCUGGCGCUGCCCCGUGUGGAGGCGGGCGAUGGGGGCGUGUACGUGUGCAGAGCCUCUAACCCUCUGGGGCAGGCAGAGUGCGAGGUGGAGCUGAGCGCCGUGGAUAAGCCGCGGUUUGUGUCGCCGUUGCCGGCAACGACAGCAGCAAUGGUGGGCGCGGCGCUGCUCCUGGAGUGCACGGUGGAUGAGGACCGAGGCGUGAGCGUGACCUGGACUAGAGACGGGCGAAAAGUGCACCAGUCUCCGGACUGUAAACUCUCCUUUGAACAGAAAAAGGUCACGCUCCAUAUUCUGAAAAGCACGUUGAAAGACUGCGGCGAAUACAUGUGCACCGCCUCCAACCAGGCGGGCAGCGCCACCUGCCGCGCCAGCGUCAAAGUACAAGAACCGCCGGUGUUUGUGAAACGCCUGGAGAGCGCCACCGUGUGGAAGCAGGGCGCCACUGCCCGCCUGCAGUGCUCCGUGAAAGGCUCCCCCGAACUGAAGGUUCUGUGGUUCUGUAACGAUUCAGAGCUCAGACCUGGAAACAGAAUCUCCACGAGCUUUAAAGAGGGCGUGGCCACUCUGGAGCUCCAGCAGGUGGCGCUGUCAGACAGCGGCACGUACAGCUGCGAGGUUCAGAACGACAGCGGCUCUGAGCUGUGCAGCACCAAAGUCACCGUCAAAGAGCCCCCCGUCUUCUCGCGGCCCCUUCGGAGCGUGGAGGCCGUGCGUGGCGCCGUGGCCCAGCUGGACUGCGCCGUCUCUGGGUCGGCUCCGUUCGAAGUGUCCUGGAGGAGGAACAAAAAGCGCCUGGAGUCAGGGCCAAAGUUCCGGAUCGUGACUCUGGGGGCGCACUCAUGCCUGGAGAUCCGCAGCUUCGAGAGCGCGGACGUGGGCGACUACGAGUGUGUGGUGUCCAACGAGGUGGGCACGGUGGCGAGCACGGGCAGCGCCAGGCAGAAAGAACCUCCCAUGUUCUCGAAGCGUUUGGAGAGCGCGACCGUGGUGAUGGGGAAUGCCGUUAAACUGCAGGGCACCGUCAAAGGCUCCGCCCCCUUCUCUGUAAAAUGGCUGAAAGACUCUGAGCUGCUCAGAGACGACGACUCGAGCGUUACCAUGACGUUUGACAACAACACGGUCGCCAUUUCAUUCUCCUGCGCCGAGUUGAAACACGGAGGGAAGUACAGCUGCGAGGUGGAGAACGAGGCCGGGCAGGCCAAGUGUGAGGCGCACCUGACGGUCCAAGAGCCGGCGCGUGUCCUGGACAAAGCCGCCUCCAUCAGCGUUACCACGGGCGACACGUGCACGCUGCAGUGCACGGUGAGCGGCAGCCCCGAGCUCCUCACCAAAUGGUUCAGAAACGGCAAAGAGCUGAGCCAGAGCCGUAAAUAUAAAUGGAGUGUGAGAGGAAACACGGCUGUGCUCAAAAUCACAAACACCGAAACCAGCGACAGCGGAGAGUACGUCCUGAAGGUCCAGAACCGGGUCGGACAGGACCAGAGCGUCUGCACCGUCACCGUCAGCGACAGAGCAGUUCCUCCCUCUUUCCCCAAAGCGCUGCAGCGCGUGGCUCAGGCCGUAGGGGGCGCCGCGGUGCUGGAGUGCCGUGUGGCCGGCUCGCAGCCUCUGACCGUUUCCUGGUUUAAAGACGGUCAGGAAAUCUUGCCACACGAGCGUUUUUCCGCCGAGUUCCACGAAAACACGGCGUCGCUCACAAUCCGAGGUCUGACCAUGAGCGACAGCGGAGAGUUCUGCUGCCGGGCCCAGAACCCGGCCGGAACCAACCAGACCUCCACACAGCUCUGCGUCACAGAGCCUCCAGUCUUCUCACUCACGCCUGCCGCUCAGAUCAGCGCCAAACCUGGCGCCGAUGUCGUUCUGCGGUCGGAGUUCUCAGGCUCCGCCCCUUUGGCGGUCAGGUGGUUCAGGGAGCAGCGUGAGGUUUUCCCUGGCGCCAAAAUCUCGAUCCGGGGAGAGGUGCUGGGCGACGGGUCCUGGUCCUGCCUGGAGCUCCACGGCGUUCGACCCGUCGACUCCGCCUCCUACACCUGCCAGGUGUCCAACGAGGGCGGGAAAACACUGUGUAGCUCCGCCCUCAGCGUGCAAGAAUCUCCUCACUUCUCUCUCAAACUUGAGCCGGAGCGUUUGGUCCGUUUGGGGCAGAGCCUCAGUCUGUCCUGUAAAGUCCAGGGCUCUGUUUCCACGGUAACCUGGUCCAGAGACGGGUCCGUGUUAGUCCCGGAUCAUAACCGGACUGAGAGUUUUGACGGGACCUUGGCGUCUCUGAGCAUAGAUCACUGCUCCGAGCAGGACAGUGGAGUGUACGAGUGUGAGGCCAGCAGUGAGGCCGGGUCAGACCGGACCAGCUGCCACGUCCAAGUCCAAGCGCCCCCUGUCUUCAUAAAGCCGUUUGAGUCGGCAGAGUUUGUGAAAGGAGCUGAGAUGGUUCUGUGUGCCGAGGUCUCAGGCUCUGAACCUUUUGAGAUGAGUUUCUAUGUGAACGAGAAGCUUCAGAGGAGCGACACACGCAGAACGCUCAAAGUGGAGGACGGUAAAGUGACGCUCCGCGUGAGCGAGUGUGACAGCGCCGACAGCGGUGCCUACAGAGUCCUCCUGACCAAUCAGGUUGGAGAAUGCAGCUGCACCAGUCAUGUGACCGUCACAGACCCCCCCGUGUUCGUGGACGUGCCCGAGGACGUGAGCUCGUCCGUGGGCUCGGACGUGAGCCUCAGGGCCUUAGCGUCUGGAUCUCUGCCUCUUUCUUUCAUUUGGACCAAAGACGGCGUCGAGCUGCGGGAGGACGGCCACUUUAAGGCCUCCGUCGAUAACAAAUGUUCUGUUCUGAACAUUAGAGACGCACAGCCGGCCCACACGGGGACCUACGUGUGUGAGGCACGGAACCGGGCCGGGUCCCACAGAGUCCAAGUCCUGGUCCAGGUCUCAGAGCGUAAAGUCCCUCCCACGUUCACGAAGCGCCCGUCGGACUCGCUGGUGGAGGGCAUUGGGCGUGAGGUGCGUCUGGAGGCUCGUGUGUCCGGGACUCCUCCUCUGACGGUGGUGUGGUCCAGAGACGGCGUCGAGGUUCAGACGUCGGACCGACUGGUGACGAGCUUCGAGAACAACGUGGCGGUGCUCGCGCUGAAAAACUCGGCGCCCAGUGACUCUGGAGUCUACAGCUGCACCGUGAAGAACCAGGCCGGCAAGACCUCCUGCAAGACCACCCUCACCAUCUCCGAGUCUGGCGCUCCUCCCGUCUUCACGUCUCCUCUCAAACCGGUGUCUGUGGCCGAGGGGGAUAAGCUCACCCUGCGCUGCUCGAUCACCGGUUCUGUUCCUCUGACGGUUCAGUGGAUGAAGGAUCGACGUGAGCUUGUGUCGUCCGGAAACACCAGGAUUACCUUCUCCAACGGCACGGCGGUGCUCGAGGUCACCGGCUGCGCCAAAACCGACGCCGGCGACUACCUGUGCAAGGCCAGCAACGCCAGCGGAGCCAACUUCUGCAAGGCCCGCGUCACCGUCAGAGACUCUGGCACCAAGGCCCCGGCUCCUGAACCCGCAGCGCCCUCUGCUGCUCCGGCGCCGGUGAAACGUCUCGACAACCUGUUCUUCAUCGAGGAACCACGGAACAUCUCCACCCCCGAGAAGGGCACAGCGACCUUCAUUGCUAAACUCGGCGGUGAUCCGAUCCCGAGCGUGAAGUGGAUGAAGGGGAAGUGGCGUCAGGUGACUCACGGCGGGCGCGUGUCCGUGGAGCAGAAGGGUCCCGAUGCCCGUCUGGAGAUCCGGGAGGUCACCCGCUCCGACGCCGGGCAGUACCGCUGCGUCGCCACCAACAAACACGGCGAGAUCGAGACCGCCGCCGAACUCAGCGUCACCAAGAGAGAGGAGAUUGGCGGAGCCGGAGACUUCAGGGCCACGCUCAAGAAGACUCCGUCGAAGCAGAAGAGCCCGAAGCGUGAGGACGUGGACAUCGUGGAGCUUCUGAGAGGACACGACCCCAAAGACUACGAGAGGAUCCUGAGAGAACACGAGAUCUACGACUACAGAGCCAUCCUGCAGGCCAUCGAGUUCCUCAAGAAGGAGAAGGCCAUGAUCAGCGGAAAACCGGAGGUGGAGCAUGGCGGCGCCGUGGAGGAGGAAGUGAUGGCGCGAUUCAUGCAGCAGAUGGAGACGAGAGCAGGAACUGAGCCGGUGAACGUGCUGGAGGACAUCCAGGACCAGGCGGUCGGCGUCGGCGCGGUCGCCAUGUUCGAGUGCCAGAUCAGCAUAAACUACCCCGAGAUCUCGCUCACGUGGUACAAAGGAACGCAGAAGCUCCAGCGCGGCGACAAAUACGACAUCGGCACCGCCGGAGACCGACACUGGCUCAAGGUCCUCAAGUGCGACGCCAACGACCAGGGAGACUACCGCGUGGUGUGUGGACCGCACAUGUCCAGCGCCCAGCUCACCGUGGGAGACGGCAGGAAGCGAGUGGAAGAGACGAUGGAGCGAAAAGAAGUCGACGCCGCCCGAGCUCCAGCUUUCGACCGGGAGAAGGAGUGGCCUGGCGAUGUCACGGUGCCCGCCGCGCCUGCCGUCUCAGUCCAACCCGAGGAGCGACUCCAGGAGGUUUACCCCGAGAAACCCGCACAAGUCCCGUCCAAAGUUGCUCCAGAAUCUUCCGGACCCGAUUUUCCAGAACAAAUUCAGAAGAUUCAAGAAACAAAAGUUGAAGUUUCCAAAGUGGAGGAGGGGAAGAAAAUGGUGGAAUCUCGCAAAGUCGUUUUGGAAGAGGAAACGACGCGGACGGUUUUGGAACCAAAACGCAAAAUUCAAGUUCAAGAAAUGAUCUUUGAGGAGGAGAAGAAGGCGAUUGGCAUCAGGAAAGCGGAAAUAUUUGAGGAGUUUGUCACAGAAACGCCAAAAAUAAUUCACGUAGAACCAAAGAGGAGCCUAGAAACAGAACGUCUAACUCAGGUUCAAACCAUUCAGAAAGAAGAGGUCAUCUCAGAGGUUAGACAGGUCCAGAGGUCUGUGGAACAAGCUGAGAUCACAGUGCAGAAGGUGACACCCAAACGAGAGCCAGAAGAACUAGAACAACCGAUGCCAGAAGAACUAGAACAACCGAUGCGAACUGUAGUUAAAGACUGUGACCUGAGACGAGAAGAGAAGAUACUGAUAAAGGAGCAGGUGAUCUCAGGAGUUAUGGAGGUGAAAGUGACACAGGAGAAACAGAUGAAAGUGGAGAAGGUUGAGACAAAGAAAGCUCCAGAAAUUCAAAAAGUAGUGACAGAAAAACCAAAAGAAAUAGAAACAUCUGCACAAAUUCAGGUUAAAGAGCUAGAGUCGAGGCAAAAACAGGUUAUUGCAGAAGUUAGAGAGGUUCACGUGACACAGGAAUCUUACGUCGAGGCAAAACCAACAGUUACAGAAAUGCCAGAGAAGGUAGAACCAAAGAAGGCUCCAGAACCGCCAAAACCUGUGCCAGAAAAACCAAAGGAAGUGCCUAAAGCUGUGCCGGAAAAACCGAAGGAAACACCAAAACCUGUGCUGGAAAAACCGAAGGAAGUGCCGAAAGUUGUGCUGGAAAAACCGAAGGAAGUGCCUAAAGCUGUGCCGGAAAAACCGAAGGAAACACCAAAACCUGUGCUGGAAAAACCGAAGGAAGUGCCGAAAGUUGUGCCGGAAAAACCAAAGGAACUCAAACCACCUCGAACCGCCGAAGAAAAACAAAGAGUGAAAGAAAAAACUGAUGAAUCUAAAACGGAGGACGAGCCAAAGCCAGUAGACGAAAUGGCCGACUUAACUGAAGAUUUGAACAGAACAUUUAAGAAGAUCAGUGUUUUAGAAGAAGCUGUUAAAACGACUCAAAAGAUUUUAGUUUCUGAGGAAAAGUCAGUUUCUCAAGAAGAAAAGGUGAAAAUGUUCAAACGCAACGAUAAACCCAAACUUUUUAGAGAAACGUCCCCAGAACUGCCCCAGACUGACAUAGACAGUAGAACAAUCGAAGUGUCCAGCAAGUCUCAAGAGUUUUUAGUCGAAACUAAAACUCCAAAACAAGAUUCCGACAUUUUAAGGGAAACUAAAGACCUGGAAGAAAGAAUUUGUCCUGAAAUUGUGCGAGAAACUGUCGUAAAAACACCAAAGAAGAAGACAGCCAAACGUGAGGAACUAGAAACAAAACAAAAAGAAACAACCAAAGACAAAAGACCUGAAGCUGGGCUGAAAAUAGAAGCGAAGAAAGUUUCAGAAAAACCUAAAAUGUCUGAGUUAAAACUGUCAAAACCGAAAACCAAAGACGUGGUUUUAGCUCAGGAGAUUUCAGAAAAGAUGAAAAAAGAACAAGAAGGAAUGUCGGCCGUGUUUGAAAAGGUCAGUCUAAAACCUGAACUGAAAGACGAAGGAGAACGAAGAGCAGAGAGACCAGAGGCAGCUUCAAGAGUAGAAACAUCUGGAGAGGUUCUGGAGGUGACCAAAGAGGAAGGAAGAAGACGAGUUCCACCUCAAACCGAAAUAUUUACUGAAGAAAGACGAAAGUUUGGUUCAUACGAAGAGGAAAGCUCUGGAAGAGAAGAUCGUUUGAAAUCUCUGGAAGUGACCCAAGGUUCAGCCGAAGAUCGAAUCAUUUCACCACAGAUGGAAUCAGAGAAGACGGCAGAAGAAGGUUCAGAUGUCACCAAAAAGAUGAAGACAACUCUGGAACCAGCUACAGUUUUAUUUGAAGAAGAAGAAGUGAUUUUAGAAAAGUGGACAGAAGGUGCAGAAGAUUCCACAAUUUUAGACGAAACUAAAAUAGAAGCAGCUCCAGAAGAUUCACCACAGACUGUUUCUGAAGGACGACGAGAAGAAGAAGAAGAAGAAAUAAUUCCACCGAAAACCAAACCGAGACGCAAAACAGAGGUUAGACAAGAAACAAAAGAACAGACUCGUCCUCAAACCACAAGGCGAAAGGUUCAAACUCAAAAAGAUGAAGAAAGAGCUCAGAGAGACGAGUUAAAACGUGACAACGAGCUGCAGCAGCUCCAGGCUCUGUCCACAGGGGGCGCUCCCUCAGUUGUGGUGGAGAGGGUCCCCCCCGAGCCUCCCGCAGCGCUUGAGCCCAAACAGCGGUUUGCACCAGCUCCUGCGGCGCCCGCCCCCACAGCACCCGCCCCCACUGUGGCGCCCGCGGUGGCGCCCACUGUGGUGCCCGCGGUGGCGCCCGCGGUGGCGCCCGCGGUGGCACCCCCGGUGGUUCACGAAGUUUCUCGUCCUGAACCCAAACGGCCGCCCACACCCACAGCGCCCCCUGUGGUUCACAAAGUUCCUGCAGAAGAAGAAAAGAAGCCUGUUUCUAAACCAGCCCCAGAAAAAGUGGCUCCUCCCGCAGCUGCCGUUCAGGUGGAAACGCCGCGGCCCGCAGCCCCGCCCCCCCCCAAAGUCCCGCCUCCUGAAGAGAAGAAGCCCGCCCCCAAACCCGCCCCUGAGAAAGUGGCGCCCCCUGCAGUGUCGCCUGUAGAAGCGCCAAAGCCCGUCCCCAAACCCGUCGUUAAACCCGUCGCCCCGGAGACGGUGGCGCCUCCUGCAGUGCCGCCUCCUGAAGAGAAGAAGCCCGUCCCCAAACCCGUCGCUAAACCCGUCGCCAAACCUGCCGCCCCGGAGAUGGUGGCGCCUCCUGCAGAAGCGCCAAAGCCCGUCCCCAAACCCGUCCCCAAACCCGCCGCCCCGGAGACGGUGGCGCCCCCUGCAGUGUCGCCUGUAGAAGCGCCAAAGCCCGUCCCCAAACCCGCCGUUAAACCCGCCGCCCCGGAGAUGGUGGCGCCUCCUGCAGUGUCGCCUGUAGAAACGCCAAAGCCCGUCCCCAAACCCGUCCCCAAACCCGCCGCCCCGGAGACGGUGGCGCCUCCUGCAGUGUCGCCUGUAGAAGCGCCAAAGCCCGUCCCCAAACCCGUCGUUAAACCCGCCGCCCCGGAGACGGUGGCGCCUCCUGCAGUCCCGCCUCCUGAAGAGAAGAAGCCCGUCCCCAAACCCGUCCCCAAACCCGUCGUCAAACCCGUCCCUGAGAGAGCGGCGCCUCCCGCAGUCCCGCCUCCUGAAGAGAAGAAGCCCGCCCCCAAACCCGCCCCUCAGAGAGUGGCGCCCCCUGCAGGUAGAGAUCAUGUUUCUGUACUCACCUCUCAUUGGUCAGAGUCUGUACGGCUCGCUCUCAUUGGUCAGAGUCUGUACGGCUCGCUCUCAUUGGUCAGAGUCUGUACGGCUCGCUCUCAUUGGUCAGAGUCUGUACGGCUCGCUCUCAUUGGUCAGAGUCUCACGGCUCGCUCUCAUUGGUCAGAGUCUGUACGGCUCGCUCUCAUUGGUCAGAGUCUGUACGGCUCGCUCUCAUUGGUCAGAGUCUGUACGGCUCGCUCUCAUUGGUCAGAGUCUGUACGGCUCGCUCUCAUUGGUCAGAGUCUCAUGGCUCGCUCUCAUUGGUCAGAGUCUGUACGGCUCGCUCUCAUUGGUCAGAGUCUGUACGGCUCGCUCUCAUUGGUCAGAGUCUGUACGGCUCGCUCUCAUUGGUCAGAGUCUCACGGCUCGCUCUCAUUGGUCAGAGUCUCACGGCUCGCUCUCAUUGUGGCUCCUGUAGAAGAGAAGAAGCCCGAGCCUAAACCCGCCCCAGAGAGAGUGGCGCCUCCUGCAGUGGCUCCUGUAGAAGAGAAGAAGCCCGAGCCUAAACCCGCCCCAGAGAGAGUGGCGCCUCCUGCAGAGUCUCUGUGGCUCGCUCUCAUUGGUCAGAGUCUCUGUGGCUCGCUCUCAUUGGUCAGAGUCUCUGUGGCUCGCUCUCAUUGGUCAGAGUCUCUGUGGCUCGCUCUCAUUGUUCCCACAGUGGAAGAGAAGAAGCCCGAGCCUAAACCCGCUCCUCCGAAAGUGGCGCCCCCUGCAGUGGCUCCUGUAGAAGAGAAGAAGCCGGAGCCUAAACCUGCCCCGGUGGCGCCUCCUGCAGCUCCUCGUGUUGAAGAAAAACGCCCGUCUCCUCCCCCUGCCCCUCGCAAAGUUUCGCCCGUUGAAGACCAGAGGGCCGCUCGCCAACCGUCUCCGCCCAAACCUGCCGCUCCGUUUGAGGAGGUCCAAGCUCCAGUGGAGGCCAAACCGACCAAAGGAGCCGUGUCUCCAGAGGCCGCUCCUCCUGAAGACAAAGGGCCCGUCUCUGCCCCUGGACCCACUAAAGUUCCACCUUUAGAACCAAAAGCUCCACUUCGGCCUGAGCCUGAGCAGAGCAAAGACACAGGUAAAAUCAAACCAGAAAAACUGGACAAACGGCCAGAAACAAAAGAGAGAGCCAAGAAAAGAGAGGAGGAGACGAAGGAGGAGGUGAAACGAGAAGACCACAAACCAGAGGAGAAACCAAAAACUCCAAAGACCACAGAAACAGCAGGAGAGGUGGAAAGAAAGAAGGUUUCAAAACUGCCAAAAGCGGAGGAGAUAAAGGAGGAGAUUAAACUUAAACCAACACCGAGAUCUCCUAAACCUGCCGAACCAGAGAUGGAGAAAGUGAUGCUGAAAAAGGUGCCGACGAAACCGAAAGAACUGGAGAAAGAGGUGAUCACCCACAAAAGUAAAGUGACGAGAGUCUACGACGAACAACUGACGGUUAAAAAACUCCACGAGAGAGAGGACAGAGAGAUCCUGAGCAUCGGGCGAAUGGAGCGCGAGUUUACAGCAGAAGAACACACGGAGGUUCUAGAGCAGGCCGAGGAGGUGCAGAGGGAAGUGAGGCACGAGGAGGCGCCGGCACGAAAACAAGAAAAAAUAACUCACAAAGAGACUGAAACAAAAACUGAAGAAGUGCAGAAAAAGAGGAUCUCAAAAUUACCGAAAGAGGAGGAGAAAACAGAGGAGGUGAAACUCAAACCGGUGCAAAAAUCUCCCAAAACGCAGGAAGAAAAACCUGAAAUCAUCGAGAAGCCGAAGGUUCUUAAGCCACAGAAAGACGCUAUGAAGAGAGAAAUGUCACCGAAAGUCGAGAUCGAAAAAGUGACACUUAAAAAAAUCCCGUCAAAACCAAAAGAACCAAAGAAGGAGGUGGAAACAGUGACGGCUGAAAUCACAAAAGUCACAGACACGGAAAUGUUCGUGCAUCAGCUCCGAGAGAGAGAGGACAGAGAGAUCCUGGGCAUCGGGCGAAUGGAGCGCGUGUUUACAGCAGAAGAACACACGGUGGCGCUAGAGCAGGCCGAGGAGGCGCAGAGGCAGGCGAGGGACGAGGAGGCGCCGCAGAAAGAACCGUGGAAACGAGCGGAGAAAAGUCCAAAAGAAAAGACAGAGACGCCAGAGGGAAAAAUCGAGAAGAAGAAGAUUUCAAAACUGCCCCAAGACGAGGAGAAGACGGAGGAGGUGAAACUCAAACCGGUGCAAAGAUCUCCCAAACCCGCCGAGCCAGAGAUGGAGAAAGUGACGCUGAAAAAGGUUCCAACGAAACCGAAGGAACCAGAGAAAGAGGUGGUCAGCCACAAGAGCGAAGUGACGAGAGUCUACGACGAAGAACUGACGGUUAAAAAACUCCACGAGAGAGAGGACAGAGAGAUCCUGACCGUGGAGAGGAGGAUCAGGGAGGAGAGAGCGAAAGAGGAGACGAUCCGAGUGCAGGAGGAGGAGAAAACCGAACCGGAGACCAAAGAGGAGGAGCGAGGAAGAUGGGAGAGGACGCCAAAAACCGAGAAGGAGCCAGAACCAGAGCCGGAUUUAACCAAACGCAAAAUCAAACUGUUACCGAAGAAACCAGAGGAGCAGGAGGUGGUGACGUUGAAACCGUUUGAGAAACAGAAACAGGAGAAAGAGAAGGAGAGAGCGAGGGAGGAGGGAGGAGAGGCGGUCGUGACGGAGGAGAAGAAAGAGAGGGAGAGGGUGGAGAGAGAGAGGGACACACAGGAGAGGGUUCGUUUGCCUAAACCAGAGGAGAUGAAGACGAAGGAGCCAAAACCAAGUCCGAAAGAAACAGAGUUGAAAAAGACACCAGAACCUAAACCAGAGCAGGAGAAGGUUGAGAAGAUCCCUAAACCCAAGGCAGAAGAACCGACCAAAACUAAACCAGAGGAGAAGACAGCUCCUCCAAAAGUCCCUAAACCAGAAUCUAAACUCAAGUCACAGAAAGAAGAACCGCCCGAGACUAAACCGGUUCAGCUGAAGAAGACGCCGGUGCAAAAACGAUCUCCUAAAGAAAAAGAAGAGAUUAAACCAGUGGAGCUGAGGAAGACUCCAGAGAAGAAAGCGUCUCCCGCAGAGUCUGAAAAAGUCCCUAAACUACAACCCAGAGCAGAACCUAAACCAGAACCUAAACCAGAACCUAAACCAAAACUCAGAACAUCUCCAAAGAAAGAAGAACCAUCUGAGGCGAAACCGGUGGAGCAGAAGAAAUCUCCACCCAAACCUGGCGACGAGAGCAGGCUUCCUCUGGUGAAGGAGGUGUCGCCGAGGAGCAUCCAGGUGGAGAAGGUCCCCACCCAACCAGAGGAGGAGGUGUCUGAAGAGCAGGCCCAGGAACCAGACCAAGACCAGGACGAGGUCUGGGCCUGGGAGAUGGUACCAGAUCAGGACUGGACCGAGACCGACGGAGCCAGAGAGGUCCCGGGGCCGACGGGAGCGAAACGAGAUGGUAAACCGGCAGAGGAGCCCCUCAAAGGACGCGGCCGAGGAUUUGGUGCCCGGCAGACCCCGUCCCCUGGAGACCGAGGUCGGGGACUCAGACCUGGAGGUAAAGGUCCUUCUCCUCCAGAGGAACCUUUUGGAGGAUUCAAACUCAAGGCUGUGCCCCUCAAAUUCACCAAGAAGAUCCAAGACAUCGUGCUCACGGAGGCCGAGUCCAUCGGUUCCUCGGCGGUGUUCGAGUGUGAGAUUUCUCCUUCCACCGCCGUCACGUCCUGGAUGAAGGACGGAGGAAACAUCAGAGAAGGUCCCAAACACAAGUUCUACUCAGACGGGAAAGACCGAAAGCUCCACAUCAUCGACGUGCAGCUGUCGGACACCGGAGAGUACACCUGCGUCGCCCGGAACGCCGGGAAAGAGGUCACCUGCACCGCCAAGCUCAUCGUAGAAGAGCUGCCGGUGAAGUGGCUGAAGGAGCUGGAGCCCGAGACGUCGUGCAUGAAGGGGCAGCCCAUGUACUUGACGUGCGAGCUGAACAAAGAACGUGACGUCGUGUGGAAACGAAACGGUGCCGCCAUCAAGAAGAAGGCGGGAAAGAUCGCCAUCAACGUGAUCGGCAUGCAGCACGCCAUCACCAUCCAGAACGCCACGGACGAGGAGGCGGGGCUCUACACCUGCGCCGUCGAAGGGCAGGAGGACGUGGUCACCUCCACCAACGUCAAGGUCAUCGAGAUCAUUAAGGACUGGUUGGUGAAGCCCCUGAGGGACCAGCACGUGAAGCCAAAGGCCAGCGCCACGUUCAAGGGCGAGCUCUUCAAGGACACGCCCAACUGGAAGUGGCUGAAGGGCGACACGGAGCUGCAGCCCUCGGACAAAGUCCAGAUCCAGAAGGACGGACCCAACGUCUCCCUGACCAUCAACAACUGCCAACCUGGAGAUGUUUCCGACUACACGCUGGAGGUGGAGGACAGAAGAUACAGCGCCAAGCUCACCCUGGGAGAGCGUGAGGCGGAGAUCCUGAAGCCCCUGGAGAACGUGGAGGUGAUGGAGAAGGAGGAGGCCAAGUUUAACACAGAGAUCUCAGAGGAGGACGUGGCUGGAGAAUGGAAGCUGAGAGGACAGGUGCUGACGCGGUCCCCGACCGUGGACAUCAAGAUGGAGGGAAAGAAGAGGUUCCUGACCCUGAAGAACGUUCAGCUGGAUCAGGCCGGAGAAGUGUCCUACCAGGCCUUGAACGCCAACACCUCGGCCAUGCUCACCGUCAGAGAGGUGGAGCUGGCGUUCGUGGAGCGGCUGAAGGACGUGGCGGUGCCGGAGAACAAACAGGCUCAGUUCCAGUGCUCGGUGACGAAGGAGGUGCCGAAGGUUCUGUGGUUCAGAGGAGACGACGUCAUCACGCAGAGCCCCAAACACGAGAUCAUCGCCAACGGCAACAGGCACCUCCUCGUCAUCAACAACUGUCAGUUUGAGGAUGAGGCGCAGUACACGGUCGAGGUGCAGGGGCUGAAGAGCACCGCCGAGCUCAAGGUGGAAGGCGUUCGUCUGGGCUUCACUCGUCCGCUCCUCGACCUGACGAUGAAGGAGGGGGAGUCGGCCAUGUUUGAGCUGGAGCUGAGUCUCGAGGACGUGCCGGUUGUCUGGUACCGCAACGAGGUCAAAGUUCACGUGAGCCGCACGGUGGUGACGCGCUCGGAGGGACGGCGCCACACGCUCGAGCUGCGCAGCCUCAGCAUGGACGACACGUGCCAGAUCAAGGCCGAGGCGAGGGGCGUCAGCUGCGCCGCCCGCCUCAACGUCAUAGAGGGAGACGCCGUCUUCAUCACGAAGCUGUCGGACUUCACGGCGGUGGAGAAGGACGAGGUGGAGCUUAACUGUGAGUUGAGUAAGGACGUGCCGGUGGUCUGGUACCGGGACCAGGUGGAGCUGACCCAGUCCAAGACUCUGGUCCUGAAGAGCGAAGGAACCCGAAGAACCCUGGUCCUCAAGAAGGUGGAGAUACCAGACCAAGGACAGUACUGCUGCGACUGUGGAACAGACCAGACCAGAGCCAAGCUCAGCGUGGAAGCUCGGGACAUUAAGGUGGUGCGUCCGAUUUACGGGGUGGAGCUGUUCGAUGGAGAAACCGCUCGAUUCGAGGUCGAGAUCUCGGCCGAUGACGUUCACGGGCAAUGGAAGCUCAACGGAGAAAUCCUCAACCCGUCCUCUGACGUGGACAUCAUCGAGGAGGGACCCAAACACACUCUGAUCCUGUACAACUGCAGAGUGCCCAUGACCGGAGAGGUGUCCUUCAGCGCCGCCAACGCCAAGUGUGCCGCCAACCUCAAGGUCAAAGAGCUUCCUCUGAACUUCCUCACCCCGCUGAGCGAUGUGCAGGUGUACGAGAAGGACGAGGCGCGUUUUGAGGUGGAAGUUUCUCGCAUUCCGAAGACGUUCCGUUGGCUGAAGGGUUCCGCGGAAGUCCAGAGCGACGAGAAGUUUGAGUGUUUGCAGGAGGGGAACCUGUACGUGCUGAGAGUGAAGUCCGCAGCGUACGAAGACGAGGCCAAGUACAUGUUUGAGGCGGAGGACAAGAGGACGUCCGGCAAACUCAUCAUUCAGGGUAUCCGUCUGGAGUUUGUGAAGCCGAUCAAAGACGUGACAGUGAAGGAGCGUGAGACGGCAGAGUUUUCGGUGGAGUUGUCUCACGAGAAGAUCCCGGUGGUUUGGUACAAAAAUGACGUGCGUCUUCACCCGUCGAAGGUGGUGCACAUGUCGGACCAGGGCCGCGCCCACACGCUGUCCAUCAAAGAGGCGACCAUCGACGACACGUCCAUGAUCCGCGUCGAGGCCAUGGACAAGAGCCUCACCGCCAUGCUCACCGUCAUAGAGGGAGACCUGUACUUCACGAUGAAGCUGCAGAACUACACGGCGGUGGAGCGGGACGAGGUGCGUCUCGUGUGUGAGCUCAGCAAAGCCGCCGCCGACGUCAAAUGGUUCAAGGACGGAAAAGAGCUGACGCCGUCGAAGAACAUCGCCAUGACGACGGACGGCAAGAAACGUAUCCUGACGGUGCGCAAGGCCGAGAAGGCGAACAUCGGAGCGUACACGUGCGACUGCGGCUCCGACAAGACCACCGCCAACCUCAACAUCGAAGAGCGGGACAUUAAGGUGGUGCGUCCGCUCUACAGUGUGGAAGUGACAGAGACAGAAACAGCCAAGUUUGAGACGGACAUUUCGGAGGAGGACGUCCACGGGAACUGGAAACUGAAGGGAGAGCCUCUGCACCAAUCAGCCGACGUGGAGAUUAAGGAGGAGGGGAAGCGUCACAUGUUGAUCCUCUACAACGUGAAGCUGGACAUGGCCGGAGCCGUGGACUUCGCCGCCGCCAACGCCAAGUCCAACGCCCAGCUCAGGGUCAAAGCUCGCUCCAUCUCGGUGAUGCGCCCCCUGAAGGACGUGGAGGUGACUGCAGGAGAGACGGCCACGUUCGAGUGUGAGCUCUCGUACGAAGGGAUCAGUGUGGAGUGGUACGUGAACGGAGCGCGCAUGGAGCCCAGUGACAGGGUGAAGACCCGGGUGGUGGGUAGAGUCCACGCGCUCACCGUGAGGGACGUGAAGCUCUCUGAGGCUGGAGAAGUGAAGCUCUGCGCCCAGGACUUCCAGACCCAGGCCCAGCUCAUCGUGAGAGAGCCGGCAGCAGAGUUCACUCAGCCUCUGGAGGAUCAGUCCGUGGAGGAGGAGGCCACUGCUGUGCUGGAGUGCCAGGUUUCCCGUGAGAACGCCGAGGUGCGCUGGUUCAGAGAAGGACAGGAGAUCAGAAAGACGAAGAAAUACGACGUUGUGAGCGAGGGGCGGCGACGGGCGCUCGUGAUCCACGGCUGCGCCCCGGACGACGCCAAACUGUACACGUGCGACGCACAACAGUUCAAGACCUCCUGCUACCUCGAGGUCCUGCCGCCUCAUGUGGAGUUCACUAAACCGCUGCACGACGUUGAAGUCAAAGAGAAAGAAUCUGCAAAGUUCGAAUGUGAAGUGUCCCGAGAGUCUGCCAAGGUGCGCUGGUUCCGGGAUGGGAAUGAGAUUCGUAAGAGUAAGAAGUACGAGAUCCUCUCGAAGGGAGUCCAGAGGAUCCUGAUCGUGCACAAGUCUGUGUUUGACGACGAGGCCGAGUACGAGUGCGACGCCAGAACCGCCAAGAGCUCCGGCAUGCUCACCGUGAUCGAGGAAGACGCCCGUUUCACGAAGAACCUGGCGAACGUGGAGGGGAUGGAGACGGACUCGGUGAAGUUGGUGUGUGAAGUGUCCAAGGCGUCGGCCGAGGUUCGCUGGUUCAAACAGGGGCAGGAGAUCCCCGAGGGCGGGCGCUACGAGCACCUGACCGACGGGCGCAAACGGGUCCUGGUCAUCCAGGACCUGCGCCUGGAUGACAGGGGCGACUACACCUGCCAACUGUCCCCCAGCGUGACCACCACCGGCAAGCUCAGCAUCAACGAGCUGGCGGCUGAGUUCAUCGCACGGCCUCAGAACGUGGAGGUGGUGGAGGGCGAGAAGGCGGAGUUUGUUUGCUCCGUUUCCAAGGAGACGUACGAAGUGAAGUGGUUCAGAGGAGAUCAGGAAGUGAGCGAAGGCGAGAAGUACGGCGUGGUGAGCGAAGGCAAACGCCGCGCGCUCAUCGUGAAGAGCUGCGACCGCAAGGACGAGGGCGGAUACACGGCGCACAUCGGCAACGUCAAGGCCUCCGCCGAACUCUACGUCAUCGAGCGCCUGCGUGUGGUCACCCCGCUGCGGGACGUGCAGGUGAAGGAGGGCGGCGAGAUCGUGUUUAACUGUGAGGUGAACUCGGACGGCGCCAAAGCCAAGUGGCUGAAACAGGACGAGACGGUUUUCGAGAGCGCCAAGUUCACGGUGAGUCAACGGGACAACGUGUUCUCCCUGAGGAUCCGCGACGCCAACAAGAACGACCAGGCUCAGUACACCGUCCUCCUGAGCAACCAGCGCGGCGAGACGGCCAAGAGCAGCGCCAACGCCACCGUCGCAGAGGAGAAACUGAAGUUCUUGGAGCCCAUUGAGGACAUCGAGACGCAGGAGAAGAAGACGAUCUCGUUCGUGUGUAAAGUGAACCGACCCGAGGCGACGGUGCGCUGGUUCAAAGCCGGGCAGGAGGUGCCUCUGAGCAAACGGGUCGUUUACCGCGUGGACGGGCUCAAACACACGCUGACCAUCAAGGACUGCGUGAUGGACGACGAGGGAGAGUACACCGCUCAAGUGGGAGACGACAGGUGCCCAGCGGAGUUGAUCAUCAGCGAGGCGCCCACCGACUUCACGGCGGCGCUCAAAGACCAAACCGUCACCGAGUUCGAAGACGCCGAGUUCAGCUGCAAAGUCAACAAAGAGAAAGCUUCAGUCAAGUGGUACAGAGCCGGACGGGAGAUCAGAGAGGGACCCAGGUAUCACAUGGAGCGUGAGGGUAAAACGUGUCGUCUGAUCGUGAAGACGUGUCGUCCGGACGAUGAGUGUGAGUACGCCUGCGGGGUGGACGAGAGGCGCUCACGAGCAAGACUCUUCGUGGAAGAAACGCCGGUGGAGAUCGUGCGGCCGCCCCAGGACCUGUUUGAACCUCCGGGCUCAGACGUGGUGUUCGAGGCGGAGCUGAACAAAGACCGGGUGGAGGUUCGCUGGAUGAGGAACAACAUGAUCAUCGUCCAGGGAGACAAGUACCAGAUGAUCAGCGAGGGAAAAGUCCACCGACUGCAGGUCUGUGAGAUCCGACCCCGAGACCAGGGAGAGUACCGCAUCGUCGCCAAAGACAAGGACGCACGCGCCAAACUCGAGCUGGCAGCUGUGCCUAAGAUAAAGACGACAGACCAGAGCCUGGUGACGGAUGCUGGGAAACCGUUCGUGAUGACAGUUCCGUACGACGCUUAUCCUCGCGCCGACGCCGAGUGGUUCUUCGGCGAGACCAGCCUCCCGUUCCAGAACAUCGACACCAGUUUGGACAAGACCGAGUACCGGCUCAAGAGCCCGACCAAAGAGGACCAGGGCCGGUACCGCGUCCACAUCAAGAACAAGCACGGAGAAGCCGAGGCCCACAUCAACCUGGACGUGAUCGACGUCCCGGGUCCGGUGAAGAACCUCCAUGUGAUGGACACGGCGGAGGGCGAGGUGAGCCUGUCGUGGGAGGAGCCGGAGUCGGACGGCGGCGCUAAGAUCACGGCGUACGUGGUGGAACGCCGCGACAUCAAGAGGAAGACCUGGACUUUAGCCACGGAUCGCGCCGACGCCCCCGAGUACUGCGUGUCCGGACUCAACCGUGACCUGCUGUACCUGUUCAGAGUCAGCGCCAGGAACCGGGUCGGCACCGGACCCAGCGUGGUCCUGGACGAACCCGUGCAGCCCAAGAACAAGUUUGAUGUUCCAGAUGCUCCUCAGAAUGUUCACGUCUCCACGGUGAAUCGUUUCGGCGCAACCGUGUGCUGGGAGCCGCCGCUGUCGGACGGCGGGUCGGAGAUCACGGCGUACGUGAUCGAGCUCCGCGACCGCACGUCGGUGAAGUGGGAGGCGGCUCUGGUGACCCCGGCGACGGAACGCUCCGCCGACCUCAACGACGUCGUGGAGAACAAAGAGUACAUCUUCAGAGUGAGGGCGGAGAACAAGGCCGGAGAGGGACGACCGAGCGCCGCCACCCCGCCCGUCAAGAUCAUGGACCCCAUCGACCGGCCCAGUCCUCCUCUGAACCUCCAUUUCAGUGACCUGACUCGUACGGCGGUGACCCUGACCUGGGAGACGCCGGCGUCGAACGGCGGCAGCAUGAUCACGGGUUACAUCAUCGAGAGGUGCGACGACGGCGUUUACAACUGGCUCCGCGCCAACGCCAAACUGUGCCCCGACCUGAGCUACCGGGUCUCUGGUUUGAAGCCGCAGCAGAAGUUCUUCUUCAGGGUCAGAGCCGAGAACGCGGCCGGAGUCUCGGACCCAUCGGACCAAGUGGGCCCCCUGCUGGCAGACGACCCACACGUGGCGCCCUCUAUGGACCUGAGCGCCUUCAGAAACGGUCUGGAGGUGAUCGUGCCCGUGCCCCUGACCAUCCGGGUGCCCAUCAGCGGGUACCCCACGCCCACGCCCACCUGGACCUUCGGCGACAAGGAGCUGCGUCCGGACCAGGACCGCGUCUCCAUGGUGACCAAACCCACGUACACGGAGCUGACCGUCAGUCCCAGCGUCCGACCCGACAAAGGAACCUACGGACUCACCCUCGAGAACGACGUGAGCUACGUCAGCGGAGAGGUCGAGGUCAACGUGAUUGCUGCCCCCAGUGCGCCCAAAGACCUGAAGGUGGCAGAAGUGACUCGGCGACACGUUCACCUGCAGUGGGAGGCGCCGGAGCACGACGGGGGCAGCCCUGUCACCCACUACCAGAUCGAGAAGAGGGAGGUGUCCCGCAAGACCUGGGCCAAAGUGGCCGCAGGAGUGUUGGACCUGGAGCACACGGUCACUGACGUGAUGGAGGGAAAGGAGUACCUCUUCAGUGUGACGGCGUGCAACAAAUGCGGCCCCGGAGAACCCGCUUACAUCGAUGAGCCCGUCAACGUGUCCUCUCCUGCCACGGUGCCCGACCCCCCGGAGAACCUCAAGUGGAGGGACAAGUCGGCCAAGUCCAUCUUCCUGCUGUGGGAGCCUCCAAAAUACGACGGCGGUGCCCCCCUCAAAGGUUACAUCAUCGACAAGUGCCAACGAGGAACCGACAAGUGGGAACCGUGUGGAGACCCCAUCACGGAACUCAAGUUCCAGGUGAAGGGUCUCAUCGAGGGCCAGUGGUACUCGUACAGAGUCAGAGCCAUGAACCGUCUGGGAGCGAGUCGCCCGAGCAGAGCCACGGACGAGAUCCAGGCCGUGGACGCCAGAGAACCUCCUCAGAUCCAGUUGGACGUUAAACUUCUGGCUGGACUCACGGCUCGCGCCGGGUCGAAGAUCGAGCUUCCGGCCGAAGUGUCGGGAAAACCGGACCCGAGGAUCAAGUGGACCAAAGCCGACCUGGUUCUGCGCGCCGACGACCGCAUCACCAUGGAAACGAGCCCGGGUCACGCCAAACUGAGCAUCGCCAACACCACUCGCGGCGACACCGCCACCUACAUCAUCGAAGCGGUGAACACGUGUGGGAGAGCCACCGCCACCGUGGACGUCAACAUCCUGGAUAAACCGGGUCCUCCCGCUGCCUUCGACAUCUCGGAGGUGACGAGCGAGUCGUGCGUGUUGGCGUGGAACCCGCCGCGGGACGACGGCGGCUCGCCCAUCACCAACUACAUCGUGGAGAGUCGCGACACGACCAAAGAAGAGUGGGUGAAGCUGUCGGCGACGGUGAAACACACCACGUUCACCGCCACCAAACUCACCGCGCUGCGCGAGUACGUGUUCCGCAUCAGCGCUGAGAACCAGUACGGCAUCGGAGCGCCCGCCGAGCACACGCCCAUCGUCGCCAAGUACUCCUUCGACCCGCCUGGUCCGCCCACGCGGGUGACGCCCUCAGACGUGGCGCGGGAUGCGGUGACUCUGUCGUGGUUCGAGCCGGACGAGGACGGCGGCUCGCCCAUCACCGGGUACUGGGUCGAGAAGUUUGACCCGGACAGUGACAAGUGGGUCCGCUGCAACAAGCUGCCCAUCAAGGACACCAGCUUCAGGGUGAAGGGUCUUCCCACCAAGAAGAAGUUCCGUUUCAGGGUUUUGGCCGAGAACUUGGCCGGACCCGGAAAAGCCAGUGACGAGACUGACCCAGUCCUGAUCAAGGACCCCAUCGACCCACCCUGGGCCCCUGGCAAGCCGGUGGUGCGUGACGUGGGUAAGACGAUGGUGACGUUGGCGUGGACGCGGCCGGAACACGACGGAGGAGCGAAGAUCGAGGGCUACGUCCUGGAGCUGCAGAAGAGCGGCUCCGAGGACUGGAUCCGAGCGGCUGAAGACAUUCCUCAGACAGAACACGUCCUCAAAGACCUGAAGGAGAAACAGGAGUACACCUUCAGAGUCCGAGCCGUGAACCGAGCCGGCGAGAGCGAACCCAGCGAUCCCAGCGAGAAGGUGGUGUGCAAGGAGCGCCUCUACGUGCCCUCGCCGCCUCAGUGGUUGGAGGUCGCCGGUAUCUCCAAGACGGCGGCGGACCUGAAGUGGCAGUUGCCGAGCAGCGACGGCGGCUCACCCAUCACGAACUAUGUGGUGGAGAAACGCGACGUGAGGAGGAAGGCGUGGCAGACGGUGGACACCACGGUGAAGGAGCUCAAGUACAGCGUGACUCCUCUGAACGAAGGCUCGCUCUACGUCUUCAGAGUCGCCGCCGAGAACGCCGUCGGCAUGUCCGAGUUCUGCGAGCUGGAGGACGCCGUGCUCGCCAAAGACACUUUCACGACCCCUGGACCGCCGUACGCUCUGACCGUGAUGGAGGUGACCAAGAGACACGUGGAGCUCAAGUGGGAACCUCCACAGAGCAACGGAGGACGCCCCAUCACCAAGUACGUGAUAGAGAAGAAGGAGAAGCUGGGCUCUCGUUGGCUGAAGUGCUGUAAGACUCCGGACAGACAGACUCAGUUCAAAGUGACCGACGUGGACGAAGGCGCCGAGGUCCAGUUCCAGGUCCGAGCCGAGAACCAGGCCGGUGUUGGAGAACCUUCAGAACCCACUGUGGUUCUCACCAUCGAGGACGCCACCAGCGUUCCGUCUCCACCCGUGGAUCUCGCCGUGGUGGACGCCAGCCGUGAGCACAUAAACGUGACGUGGAAGCCCCCGGUGAAGGACGGCGGCGUGCCAGUGACAGGGUACCACGUGGAGGUGUCGGAGGCGCGGCCGGAACUCAAGUGGCUGCGCGUCAACACUCGACCGGUCAAAGAGCUCACCUUCCGCAUCGACGACGGCAUCAAACCGGACAAGAAGUAUGUGAUCCGCGUCCGCGCCAUCAACUCCGUGGGCGUCAGCGAGCCCUCCGACGUCACCGACAAGGUCUACACCCGCGAUCCCGACUGCGCUCCCACCCUGGAGGUCUCCUCAGAUGAGGUGGUGGUGGUGGAGGGUGAGAAGCUCCACCUGGUGGUGCCGUACCGGGCGAUCCCGAUGCCGAAGAUGGCGUGGGCGAAGGAGGAGGCGGAGCUUAAAGUGGACGACCGCCUGUCGAUGACGGUGGAGAUGAACGACGCCCACCUAGAGCUGCUCAAGAGCACGAGGGCAGAUGCUGGGAAGUACACCAUCACCCUGGAGAACGAGCUGGGCAAGGCCACGGGCACCGUGCCCGUCAAAGUCAUCGGACUUCCGGGUCAGUGUAAGGACAUCUCUUCUGCUGAUGCCACUAAAAACUCGGUGGUGAUGAGUUGGGUGGCGCCUGAAGACGACGGUAACACGCCCAUCACUGGGUACAGCCUGGAGCGCCGCGAGGCGUCCAAGAAGACCUACGUGCCCGUCAUGAGCAGCCAGAACGUCCUGACCUUCACCGUGAAGGACCUGUACAUCAACUGUGAAUACUACUUCAGAGUCCGAGCCCACAACCGCGUGGGCGCAGGACCCUACCUCGAACUGAGGAACCCCGUGAUCACCGAGGAGAUCAAACAGAAACCGGACCCGCCCGUGUGCGUGGAGGCAUACGACCCCACCUCCAAGUCCAUCACCGUGUCCUGGAAGGCGCCCGACUACGACGGCGGCUGCCCCAUCCAGGGCUACGUGGUGGAGAAGAUGGAGAAGGACGGCGACCGCUACGAGAGGGUCACGCCCAACCUGGUGCCUGGCUUCACCUACACUGUCACCGGGCUCACCGAGGGACAGGAGUACCAGUUCAGAGUCCGGGCCGAGAACGCCGCUGGGGUCAGCGAGCCGUCAAGAAGCUCAGCCAUGAUGAAAGCCGAAGACCCGAAAGAGAAGCCCGUGGUGUCCCUUUCCGCUCGGGUCCAGGGUGGACUCUGCGUGAAAAAGGGUGAGGAGAUCCGCCUGGACGCGCUCGUGUCUGGAUCGCCGUAUCCCAAAAUCACCUGGCUCCGAAAUGAGGAGGACGUGACCAAAGAGCCGUCCAAGAAACUGGUUCCUAUUGUCAAAAAGCGCAAAACCAAAUCCAAGGUCCCCGAGCCCGAGCCAGAGUUCAUCACCCCCCUGAGGGAGCGCCUGGGACUCGACCAGACCCGCCGGGGCCAGUCCGUGCUAAUGGUCAGAGACGCUGUGAGACGCGACCAUGGCGCCUUCACCGUGAGAGCCGAGAACCAACACGGGGCCGCCACCGCCACCUGCAUCGUCAACGUGCUCGACGUGCCUGGACCUCCUCAGAACUUCUCGUUCUCUGAGGUGAGGAACACAUCUGUGGUUUGUCACUGGGAGCCUCCUGAAGACGACGGUGGUGCUGAGAUUGAGAACUACAUUUUAGAGAAGAAGGACAAUCGCAACGAGGAGAUGGGCUGGAUCACCAUCACCUCCACCCUCAAGGGCACAUCGUUCCUCGUGCCGAAACUCAUCGAGGGUAAGGAGUACAUCUUCAGAGUCACAGCAGAAAACAAGAUGGGCACCGGCGCCUCCUGCAUCUCCGAACCCAUGGUCGCCAAGAACAUGUUCGACCCGCCUGAUGCCCCGAACACGCCACGGGUGCAGGAGGUGACGGCAUCCAGUGCCAAACUGUCGUGGCACGAGCCCAAAGACAACGGCAGCCCGAUCCUCGGCUAUUGGAUCGAGAGGAAGGAGGUGAACAGCAAACACUGGACCCGGGUGAACCGCGCCCUCCUCAACGCCCUGGAGGUCCGGGUCCAGGGUCUGCAGGAGGGACUCACCUACAUCUUCAGAGUCUGCGCCGAGAACUUAGCCGGACCCGGACCCUUCAGCGAGCCGUCUGACCGAACCGUCGCCAUGGACGCCAUCUUGCCUCCUGGACCUCCGAUACCUCGGGUCGUGGACACAGGAAAAGACUUUGUGAUUUUGUCGUGGAAACCGCCUCUGUACAAUGGAGGAGGAGACAUCUCUGGGUACCACGUGGAGAAGAUGAUCGUCGGGGAGAAGGAGUGGAAACGUGCGACGGAACAUCGUUGUAAAGAUUUGACCUUCACUCCGACCGGUUUGACUGAAGGCGCUGAUUAUUAUUUCCGUGUGAUGGCGGUGAACGAGGCUGGACUCGGAGCGCCGGGAACCACCGACCCGGUGACCGUCAAGGAGCCAGAGGAGUCCCCGUCAGUGGAGUUGGACGCCUCCGUGCGUAAUGGCGUGAUCAUUCGUGCCGGCGAGCCGCUGCGUCUGCCGGCUGUGGUGACCGGACGCCCGCAGCCCACCGUCAAAUGGACCAAAGAGGAGGCCGACCCGGAUCCGGAGCGGGUCCAGGUGGAGACGCAGGGCAAAAACACCGCCCUCUUCAUCAAAGUGACCACCAGAGCCGAUCACGGCAAAUACACCGUCACGGGCACCAACACCGGUGGCACCAAGAGCGCCGAAACACGCGUCGACGUCAUGGAUGUUCCUGGGCCGGUUGUGGACCUCAAAACGGUGCAGGUGACAAAGAAGAACAUCACGCUGGUGUGGAAGGACCCGGUGGACAACGGCGGCAGCGACAUCAUGGGCUACGUGGUCCUGAGGAAAGAUUCCAACAUGAAGCUUUUCCGGCAGCCGCUGGAGACGGCGUCGUGCAAGUGCGACGUUCAGGGGCUCCUCGCCAACGAGAGCUACGACUUCAGAGUCAUCGCACGCAACAAGUACGGCGACGGAGUGCCCUCCGACCUGGGGCCCAUCGUCGCCGAGGACCCCAAAGGAACCCCGUCGGCGCCUGAGAAGCUGCACUACACCGACCGCGGUAAGACGACGGUGUCCCUGGCGUGGCAGCCGCCGCGCUGGGACGGGGGCAGCCCCAUCACCGGGUACUACGUGGAGAAGAUGAGGUCGGACAGCACAGAGUUCGACGUGGCCCACAGAAAGAUCUUCACCGAGUGCCACGGGACCAUCGAGAACCUGUCCGAGGGCCAGGAGUACCAGUUCAGAGUGAAGGCCGUGAACGAGGUCGGCGACGGAGAACCCAGCAAACCCAUCACCGCCAAGAUCCAGGAUGACGAGAUUCCUCCGUCCAUCGCGAUGUUGCGUUUCUUCAAGAAUAACGCCCUGAUCAUCCGUAAAGGCGGCGCCGUGGACCUGCCCGCCGAGGUCAAGGGACUUCCUCUGCCCACGUUCACCUGGUACCGCGACGACGUGCCCAUCGAGGUCAAACCCGACGACGAGAGGAUGACCAUGGAGUCCGAGGAGGUGGACCGCACCACCCUGAGGACCAAGAUCUCCAUCCCUCAGUCUGUGCGCCAGGACAAAGGAAACUACAAACUGUACGCCGAGAACAUGUACGGCAAAGCCGCGCACACCAUCCGCGUCGAGAUCCUCGACCGGCCGCUCCCUCCCAGGAACGUGGUGAUUUCCGACGUGCGUUCGGACUCGUGUUAUCUGACCUGGGACGCGCCCGAGGACAACGGCGGCUCUGACAUCACCAAUUACAUCGUCGAGAAACGCGACGCCAGCAAAAAGAAAUCUGACUACGACGUGCUGACGGUGAACCUGAUCGACCGGCGCUACGGAGUGUACAAACUGGACUUUAACGGACAGUUCCAGUUCAGGAUCAAAGCAGAAAACAAAUACGGCGUGAGCGACGGCUGCGAGUCGGAGAAGGUGCAGCUCCGUGACCCGUUCGGACUUCCCGGACCUCCCAGAAACCCUCAGAUCAUCGCCGCCACCGCCACCACCAUGACGGUGACGUGGGAGCCCCCGCUGGAGAACGGCGGCUCGUCGAUCCAGGGUUACUGGCUGGAGAAGCGCGAGCGCGGCGCCGUGUACUGGGGGCGGGUCAACCGCAGCCCCGUCACCAAACCGGCCGUGCGCGGUCUGCAGUACACCAUCCUGCGCCUCAUCGAGGGCACCGAGUACCAGUUUAGAGUCGCCGCCCAGAACGCCGCCGGCGUAGGACCCCCGAGUGAAGGAACACAGUGUCGCUUCGCCGUCGACCCCUGCAACCCGCCUGGGCCUCCUCUGGACCUGCAGGUGCGGGAUAAGACCAAGUCGACGGUGAGUCUGAGCUGGAGUCCUCCGGAGAAGGACGGCGGCGCCCCGGUGCGCGGGUACGUGAUCGAAGCCCACGAGGAGGGCAUGGCCGAGUGGAAACGCCUGACCACCCCCGAAAAACCGCACAUCGUCACCGACUUCGUCGUCCCCAACCUCCGCGAGAACCGCAAAGCCCGUUUCAGAGUGUACGCCGUGAACGCCGCCGGCCUGUCCGAGCCCGCCGUCACCAAAGACGUCAUGGUGCAGGACAUCCUGAUCGAGCCCAUGUUGACCCUUGACCUCAGCGCUAACGAGCUGCUGAACAUUCGCGCUGGGACGACGCUGCAGAUCCCCGUGUCCGUGAGCGGGCGCCCGCUGCCCAACAUCACCUGGACCUACGACGGAACCGCCGAGACCGAGAAGAAGAACGAGAGACACACACUGCCCCUGGACGCUGAGAUCUACACGUCGGACACAAAGACGGAGGUUGUGAUCUCGGAGUCUAAGAUGUGCCACACCGGCCGUUACAUCAUCAACGGCGAGAGCCCAGCCGGACACAAGGUCCUGAAGGUCCGGGUCAACGUGCUCGACCUGCCCGGCGCGCCCAGGGACCUGAAGGUCAGCGACGUGACUCGAGGCACCUGCAGACUGACCUGGAAACCUCCUGAGAGCGACGGAGGAGAACACAUCAAGAGCUACUUCAUCGAGAAGAAGACCACCACCGGCAAGGCCUGGACCAAGGUGAACCCGACCUGCUCGGCCCAGUCCCUGGUGGUACCGGACCUGAUCGACGGGCAGGAGUACAUCUUCAGGGUCAAGGCUGAGAACCGCUUUGGGUUUGGACCCUACACCGAGACCCCCGACGGAACCAGAGCCAGAGAUCCCAUCCACCCACCGGACCCGCCCACUCGUCUGAAGAUUGUUGGCGUGAAGAAGGGCGUGGUGUCCCUGAGCUGGAAGGCCCCGAAGAACGACGGGGGCGCACCUGUCACCCACUACAGCGUGGACCUGCUCUGCUGGGACGCCAGCGGGGCGCAGAAGGAGGGCUGGAUGAGGUGUAACCGUAGAGACGUGGAGUCGACUCACUUUAAGGUGGAGGAUUUGAAAGAAGGCGACGAGUACGAGUUCAGAGUGACGGCCUACAACCAGGCCGGACCGAGCCGACCGUCCACCACCGUCGGACCCAUCCUGAUCCAGGACCAGACCUGCGCUCCGUCCAUCGAACUGGAGGAGUUCUUGGAGUCGGAGCAGGGUCGGGAGAUCCAUAUUGUGGCAAAGAUCCGCGGGUGCCCGUUCCCGACUCUGACCUGGUACAAGGCUCCGCCCCACAAACCCGACCUGAAGUCCGAGGUCCAGUACGACGAGAACAUCAACAAGAUGGUGUCGGACGAAACGUGCACGCUGCUGAUCCAGAGGGCGAUCCGCGCCGACACCGGCCUCUACACCCUCACCGCCACCAACAGCCUGGGCAAGGCCUCCAAGGAGAUGAGGCUCAAUGUCAUGGGCCGGCCUGGUCCUCCCUCCGCUCCCAUUAAGUUUGAAGAGAUCGGCGCAGAGAAGAUCACGCUGUCCUGGCUUCCGCCCAAAGACGACGGCGGCUCCAAACUCACCAACUACGUGAUCUGGCGGCGCGUGGCGAACCGGAAGACGUGGGUCCAGGUGACGAGCGAACCCAAAGAGCGGAUCUGGACCGUGGAGAACCUGAUGGAAGGACACGAGUACGUCUUCAGGAUCAUGGCCCAGAACAAGUACGGUGUCGGAGAACCUCUGGACUCUGAGCCUGAGGUGGCACGAAACAUCUGCUUGCCGCCGGGUCAGGUGGAGAAGCCGACCGUCACUGGGGUGACGCUGGAUUCGAUGACGGUGAACUGGGAGGAGCCGGAGGACGACGGCGGCUCGCCCAUCACCGGGUACUGGCUGGAGCGGAAGGAGACGACGGGCAAGAGGUGGACGCGCGUGACCCGUGAGCCCAUCCGCCCCAUGGGUCUGGGCGAGAGCUUCUGCGUCACCGGCCUCAUUGAGGGCUCUCAGUACCUGUUCAGAGUCACCGCCCUAAACGCCGCUGGACCCGGUCUGCCCAGCCCGCUCACUGACCCCGUGUUCGCCCGCGACCCCAUCUCCCCGCCCUCGCCGCCCACGCCCAAGGUCUCUGACUGGACCAAAUCCACCGUGGACCUGGAGUGGAUCCCGCCCCUGAAAGACGGCGGCUCCAAGAUCCAGGGAUACUGGGUCGAGUACAAGGAGGAGGGCACCGAGGCCUGGGUCAAGGCCAAAGACACAGAGGUGCGUGGAACUCGUCUGGUGAUCACAGGACUGAAGACCGGAGGAAAGUAUCGCUUCAGAGUCUCCGCCUUCAACACGGCGGGCAUCGGCGAGCCCGGAGAGGUGCCCGAGGUGCUGGAGGUCCAGGACCGCACCAUCUCGCCGGAGGUGGACCUGGAUGCGUCUCUGAAGGAGCGGAUCGUGGUUCAUGCCGGGGGGGUGAUUCGUCUCAUCGCUUACAUCAGCGGAACGCCGGCGCCCGAGGUCACGUGGAGCCGGGACGGCGCCGCGCUGCCCCCGGAGGCCAAAGUGGAGACAACGGGCAUCAGCUCAUCUCUGGUCAUCAAACCGUGCGCCCGCAAACACCUGGGCGUGUACAGUGUGACCGCCAAGAACGCGGGCGGCGAGAAGCACCGCACCGUGACGGUCGAGGUCCUCGACGUGCCCGGCGCAGUGGGCAUCCCCGUCACCGUGGAGAACCUGAGCGCCGACUCGUGUAAGAUGAACUGGUUCUUCCCUGAGAACGACGGCGGCUCGCCCAUCAGUAACUUCGUGGUGGAGAAGCGGGAGGCGGAGCGUAAGGCGUGGACGUCGGUCUCGUACUCGGCGAGUCGCCAGAACGCCAUCCUGACCGGACUCACCCCGGGAAAAGCCUACUUCUUCAGAGUGGCGGCAGAGAACGCCAUCGGCCUGGGACCGUUCGUCCAGACCGCCGCCGACAUCAUCGUCCAGGAGCCAAUCAGCGUGCCUGACCGCCCCGAGGACCUGGAGGUGACCAAAGUGACCAAAGACCUGAUCAGCGUGACGUGGAAGGCUCCGAAGUCGGACGGCGGGUCGGAGAUCACCAUGUACAUCCUGGAGGGACGCCAGAUAGGCAAAGACAAGUUCAGCCGCCUGACCAAAGAGACGCUGAUGGAGAGAAAGUUCACGCUGGACGGACUCCGCGAGGGCGACACCUACCAGUUCAGGGUGAUCGCCGUCAACGAGGUGGGACCCGGCAAGCCCAGCUUCUGCACCAAACCCAUCACCUGCAAGGACGAGCUCGAGCCGCCCACCAUUGAGCUGGACUUCAGAGAUAAGAUCAUCAUCCGCGUGGGCGAGAGCUGCCUGCUCCAGGGCCGGUACAGCGGCAAGCCGUGCCCGUCCAUCGUGUGGUACCGCGACGACGAGGAGCUGAAGGCCGACCAGCACGUGAUGUUCAGGAACACGCUGAGCACCAUGUCCCUGGGACUCAUGAAGGCCCAGAGGCACCACAGCGGCCGCUAUGUGGUGGUGGUUGAGAACAGCACCGGGGCGCGCAAGGGCAUCUGUAACGUCACCGUCGUGGACCGCCCCACUCCGCCCGUGGGUCCCGUGAUCUUCGACGAGGUGCACAGGGAGUACAUGGUGGUGUCGUGGAAACCUCCUCUGGACUCCGGCGGCGUCGACGUCUCCAACUACAUCAUCGAGAAAAGAGACACCAACCGUGACGCCUGGACCACCGUGACAUCCGCCACCACCAAGACCACCUGCAAGAUUCCCAAACUGGUGGAGGGCCGUGAGUACAUCAUCCGGAUCUCGGCGGAGAACAUGUACGGCAUCAGCGACCCUCUGGAGUCCGAAGAGAUGAGAGCCAAGGACCUCUUCAGAGUCCCCGAGGCGCCUGAGCAGCCCACCGUCAGAGAGGUCUACGGCACCAACGCCCUGGUGCUGUGGUCGCGCCCGCGAGACGGAGGGAAGCCCAUCCUCAACUACAUCCUGGAGAAGAAGGAGGUGGGCGCCAAGAGGUGGUCGAGGGUCACGCGCGAGCAGCUGUACCCGCAAACCCAGUACCGGGUCAACGACCUGGUGGAAGGCUGCGAGUACGAGUUCAGAGUGACCGCCGAGAACGAGCUGGGCACCGGGGACCCCAGCCCGCCCAGCCAGCCCAUCCUCGCCAAGGACCCCAUCGUGCCGCCCAGCCCGCCCGUCACUCCUGAGUCGUACGAUAAGACCAAGGACUCGGUCAGUCUGCGCUGGAAGCAGCCGCGCCACGACGGCCGAGGGCGGAUCUUCGGGUACCUGGUGGAGUACCAGAAACCGGGCGCCGUGGAGUGGAUCCAGGCCAACGAGAAGCCGGAGCAGUGCCCAGGUCUGGACUACACCGUCACCGGACUCUCCGACCAAAACGAGUACAAAUUCAGGAUCUACACCGUCAACGCCGCCGGCAAAUCUGACCCCGCCUACGUCAAGGAGAUCAUCAAGGUCCACGACAGACUCGAGGCUCCUGAGCUCCUAUUGGACGCCAACAUGUCACGUGACCACCUGGCGAUGGUGGGCACGGACAUCACCCUGAGCGCCCUGAUCCGCGGCGUCCCGACCCCGACCGUCCAGUGGCAGAAGGAGGGCGGAGACAUGCCCGCCCACCUGACCGUCGCCGUGACCGAGUCUGGAACCAAAGUGUUCAUCCCCAAAGCCACGAGGAAAGACUCUGGGAAGUACACGCUGACGGCCGAGAACGCGGCAGGAAAGAAGAGCGCCACCGUCAACGUGCUGGUGCUCAACAAGCCCACGCCUCCUCGGGACCUGGCGGUGUCUGAGAUCACCAGCGAGUCGGCGUACCUGACGUGGAAGGUGCCCGAGGACGACGGUGGCGCGGUCAUCUCGCACUACGUGGUGCAGAAGAAGGACGUGGCGGCGGACGCCUGGGUCCCGGUGGCAGCGGCCAAUAAGAAGCUGAGUCUGAUGGCGCUUUACCUGAUGGAGGGAAUCCAGUACCUGUUCAGAGUCGCCGCCGAAAACCAGUUUGGACGCAGCGACUUCGUGAUCACCAAGACCCCGAUCAAAGCCGUGGACCCACUGUACCCGCCUGGGCCUCCUAAGAACCUGCACCACACCGAUGCUGAGAAAACGGAGGUGUGGCUGCAGUGGGAGUGGCCAGAGCGCACCGGAGGAAGUGACAUCACCGGGUUCAUCGUGGAGUACCAGGAGGACGGGCAGGCGGACUGGGUAACGUUCAAAACCGUCACGUCGGAGAAGGCGCACGUGACCGGCCUGGAGGAGGGAAAAACCUACCGCUUCAGAGUCAAAGCACAGAACGCCAUCGGGGUGAGCCGCCCCGACACCAGCGUGCCCGUCACCUGCCAGGAGAAAACACUGCCUCCCACCAUCGAGGUCGAUGUCAAACUUAUCGAGGGGCUGGUGGUUAAAGCUGGCACCACCAUCGCGCUCCCUGCUCGCCUCACUGGCAUUCCCAUGCCCACCGCCAAAUGGAGCAGUGAUGGCAAAGAGAUGGCGUCCGAGGGCCGCGUCGCCAUAGAAACGGUGGGCUCCAACACGCUGCUGACCAUCUCAGAGAGUCAGCGCGGCGACACCGGCGAGUACAUCGUCUCUGCCUCCAACCCCGCCGGCUCCAAGAGCGUGGCUCUGCACGUGACCGUCUUGGACCUGCCCGGGCCGCCCAUCGGCCCCAUCAACAUCCUGGAAGUCACGCCCGAGUUCAUGAUGGUGCAGUGGCGCCCACCGAAAGAUGACGGCGGCACGCCCAUCACCAACUACGUGGUGGAGAAGAAGGACGUGAAGAAGCCGUGGGAGCCGUGGAGUGUGGUGAGCUCUGGCGGCAUGGCCACCAAAGCCAAAGUGUCCCGUCUGGAGAAAGGGCGCGAGUACAUCGUCCGAGUCAGAGCCGAGAACCGCAUCGGUAUUGGCGCUCCGCUUGAGAGCCCGCCCACCAUCGCCAAACACAUGUUCAACCCGCCGGGACCGCCCGGCCCGCCCGAAUGCUCCGACAUCACAGAGAACGCCGUGACCAUAGAGUGGGCACUGCCCGACUACGACGGCGGCAGCCCCAUCAGCGGCUACGUGAUCGAGCGCCGCGAGAUGACGGGCAAAUGGAUCCGCGUCAACAAGACACCGGUGCUGGACCUGCGCUACCGCGUGUCCGGCCUCUGUGAAGGAAACACCUACGAGUUCAGAGUCUUCGCUGAGAACGUGGCGGGCAUCAGCGAGCCCUCGCUGAGCUCUGAUCCCGUCAAAGCGGCGCGUGCCCUCUCCCGCCCCGGACCACCCCUGAACCUCAAACUCAAAGACUGGAGCAAGUCCUACGCCGACAUCUGCUGGACCAAGCCCACACGCGAUGGCGGCAGCCCCGUGAUCGGCUACGUGGUGGAGGCGCAGAAGUCCGGCACUGCGCAGUGGGACCGCAUCAACAAAGAUCUGAUUAAGAUGUGCGCGUACAGAGUCCCCGGCCUCAUCGAGGGACUCGAGUACCGCAUCCGCGUCAGAGCCACCAACCUGAUCGGAGACAGCGAGCCGCGAGAGCUGCAGGAGGUGGUUCUGGCCAAAGACAUCCUGGUGCCUCCCGAGGUCACCGUCGACGUGUCCUGCAGAGACUCGCUGACCGUCAGAGCCGGUCAGAUCAUCAACCUCAUCACCAGGGUCAAAGGUCGCCCCGACCCCGAGAUCACCUGGACCAAAGACGCCCGCGCCCUCGGCCGUGACAAACGCACCGACUUCAUCAAUAACUACCCUCUGUGCGAGCUCGUUAUCAACGACGCCGUGCGCUCUGACUACGGUAAGUACGCCAUCGUGGCGAAGAACAGCAGCGGGCAGGCGCAGGCCACCGUCAUCGUCAAUGUCCUGGACACGCCCGGGCCCUGCCAGAACAUCAAAGUUGCCUACGUCACCAAGAACUCCUGCAUGGUCUCCUGGGAGAACCCCGAGGACAACGGUGGCACGGAGAUCACUCAGUACAUCAUCGAGAGCCGCCAGCCCAGCCAAAGGAACUGGACUCUGGUGUCCAAUGACUGCACCAAGCGCCUGUUCAAAGCGCCGCUCACGGAGGGCUGCGAGUACUUCUUCAGAGUCAGCGCCGAGAACAAGAUCGGAGCUGGACCGCCCACCGAGUCCAAGAAUGCCGUGCUGGCCGUGGACCCCAUCGAGAAGCCUGGAGAGCCUCUGGACUUCCAGAUCGCAGAAAUUGGAAAAACCUUCUGCUUCCUCAAGUGGAGGAAACCCGACUACGACGGAGGAAGCAAAAACCUGGCCUACCACGUGGAGAAGAAGCCCAAAGAGGCCGAGGAGUGGGAACGCAUCCACAAGGGGGCAAUCAAGGAGACGUACUUCAUGGCCGACAGGUGCCUGGAGAACCAGCUGUACCAGUUCCGUGUGCAGACGAAGAACGAGGGCGGUGAGAGCGGGUGGGUGACCUCCGCCGAGGUCCUGGUGAAGGAGCAGAUCCUGGAGCCGUCGGUGACGGUGAAGCCGGCCGAGCUGCUGGUGGUGAGGGCCGGCGACUCCAUCAGUCUGGAGGCCACGGUGAAAGGCAAACCCGCCCCCGAGCUCAAGUGGACCAGGGAUGAGCGCACGGACGAGAUCCGCCGAGGUCCAAGGCACCAGCUCGAGCCGGCGACCGGCGCCGACUUCUCCAAACUGUUCAUCACGGCGGCGCGUAGAACCGACAGCGGCACCUACGUCAUCACCGCCACCAACUCGGCCGGCACCGCCACAGGCCACGCCCGCGUCAACGUGCUGGACCGCCCCGGAGAGGUGCGCGACCUCAAGGUCUCUGGAGUUACCACCGAUCGCUGCCACCUCACCUGGGAGGUGCCCGAGGACAACGGCGGCUGCGACAUUUACAACUACAUCAUCGAGAAGUGCGACACCAAGAGAGGCGUGUGGUCCGUCCACUCCAACGCCGUCAUCACCAACAAGGCCGUGGUCACCAGGCUCACCGAAGGAAACGCGUACAUCUUCCGUGUGCGUGCGGAGAAUAAGAUGGGUCCUGGGCCGGCGGUGGAGAGCGAGUCCAUCGUGGCGGGCACUCAGUUCAGCGUGCCGGGUACUCCAGAUGCCCCGGAGGUAACCAAAAUCGCCAAAGAGGAGAUGACGGUGGAGUGGUGCGAGCCGGACCGCGACGGCGGCAAGCCCAUCUCCGGGUACCUCCUGGAGAAACGCGAGGAGCACGCCGUCCGCUGGUCGCCCGUCAACAAGGACCCCAUCCCGGGCACCCGCUUCACCGUGACCGGCCUGCUCCCUCUGCACGAGUACCAGUACCGCGUCAAGGCCGUCAACGAGAUCGGCGUGGGCGGAGCCAGCAAACCCUCGCGCGCCAUCACCGCCAAAGACGCCGUGGAGCCGCCGGCGCCGCCCACCGCGCUGAAGGUCCUGGACUCCACGCGCAGCUCGGUGACGCUGGGCUGGGUGAAGCCGGUGUCGGACGGAGGGGCGCCGCUCAUCGGGUACGUGGUGGAGAUGAGGCUCCAGGGCAGUAAGAAGGACGAGGGUUGGCGCCGCUGUAACGUGGCGGCGCAGCUCACCGCCUGCGAGUUCACCGUGUCCAGCCUCAACCCCGACCUCCUCUACGAGUUCAGAGUCUCCGCCCAAAACCAGGUGGGCAUGAGUCUGCCCUGCGACCUGGAGGCGCCCGUCAUCCCCAAAGACAUCCUGGAGGCGCCGGAGAUCGACCUGGACGCGUCCCUGAAGCAGGGGCUGGUGGUGCGCGCCGGGUGCCCGAUCCGUCUGGUGGCGACGAUCCGCGGGCGUCCGCACCCGGAGGUGACGUGGCGCCGCAUGGGCAUCGAUAACGUGGUGAGGAAGGGCAGAGUCGACCUGAUCGACACCAUGACCUUCCUCCUGAUUCCAGACUCCACCAGAGACGACUCCGGAAAAUACUGCCUGACCCUGCGCAACCCGGCCGGAGAAAAGGCCGUGUUCGUCGCCGUCAAAGUCCUCGACACGCCCGGCCCGGUGCAGAACCUGGAGGCGUCGGACAUCAUGCAGACGUCGCUGGCGCUGGCGUGGAGCCCGCCGGAGGUGGACGGCGGCAGCGAGAUCCUGCAUUACCUGGUGGAGAAACGAGAAAUCGACAGAAAGACCUGGGCCACGGUUAAAGGGGAGGUCUUAGCCGAGAACAUCCCCUUUAAGGUGUCGGGGCUCCAGCCGGGCACCGAGUACUACCUCCGGGUCACCGCCGUCAACCAGUACGGCCCCGGAGUGCCCCGAGUCAGCCCCACCUCCUACGUGGCAUCUGACCCCGUCAGUAAACCGGACCCGUGUGAGAAGGUGGAGAUCCUGGAGGUGAAUCGCACCAACGUGACUCUGGCCUGGGUCAAACCGCUGAGAGACGGUGGAGCCAAGAUCGACGGAUACGUCAUCGAGUACCAGGAGAUGAAACCCCCGCCAGAACCCAAACCAGAACCCGAGCCCGCCGCCGAGGGAGAGGAGGGAGCUCCGCCCCCGGCCCCGGCCCCGCCCCCUCCAGAGGAGGAAGAGGAGGAGGAGGAGGAGGUGAAGAAGAAGGAGGAGGUGGUGUGGAACACCUACACGACGGUGAAGGGCCUGAGCGUCUCCGUGGGAGGACUGAAGGAAGGAAAACUCUACAAGUUCAGAGUCGCCGCCAAAAACAUCAUGGGCCUGAGCUCCUUCACCGAGACCAGAGACACUGUGGAGGCCAAGGAGCAGAGAGUGGAGCCGAAGAUCGUGAUGGCGGAGACGGUCAGCGCCAGGGCCGGAGCCAAGCUGCGUGUGGAGGCCGUGGUGUCGGGAAAACCGCCGCCCGUCUGCAAGUGGAAACGCGGAGACGCCGCCGUGGUGUCGUCCAGCCGCCUCGCCGUCCACCAGUCCGCCAACCUCUGCGUCCUCAUCAUCAAAGACGUGUCCCGACUCGACAGCGGCGAGUACAGCCUCAUCGCCGAGAACUCCUCCGGGUCCAUCAGCCAGGCCCUCAAGGUCAUCAUCCGAGACAUCCCCGGGCCACCCGAGGGUCCCGUGGUGAUCUCGGACAUCGACUCGGACGCCUGUACUCUGUCGUGGAACAAACCCCUGGAGGACGGCGGCAGUAACAUCACCAACUACGUGGUGGAGAAGUGUGACGUGAGCCGCGGGGACUGGGUGACCGCCGUGUCGUCCUGCCCCAAAACCGGCACCCGCCUCGGCAAGCUCAUCCCCGGCAAAGAGUACCUGUUCAGAAUCCGCGCCGAGAACCGCUACGGCGUGUCCGACCCGCUGCAGUCCGACCGCAUGGUCGCCAAGUUCCCCUUCGACGUGCCCAGCGAGCCUCUGAACUGCCGCAUCAAUAAGACCAAUAAAGACUGUAUGUUUGUGGCCUGGGAUCGCCCCGAGAGCGACGGCGGCAGCCCCAUCACCGGGUACUACAUCGAGAGGAAAGAGCGGAACAGCCUGCUGUGGGUGAAAGCCAACGACACGGUGGUCCGCACCACAGAGUACCCCUGCGCCGGUCUCAUCGAGGGACUGGAGUACACCUUCAGAGUGUCCGCCAUCAACCGCGCCGGCCAAGGCAAACCCAGCGCCAAGACCGACUUUGUGACCGCCAGGACGCCCGUCGACUCACCUGGGAAGCCUGAGGUUCUGGACGUGACCAAGAACUCUGUGACUCUGGUGUGGACUCGGCCGAAGAACGACGGCGGGUCGAAGAUCGUGGGUUACUACGUGGAGUGCACGCGGGUGCCCGGUGACGCCUGGGUGCGCUGCAACACCAGCUCCCAGAACUGCCCCCGGGAGGAGUACACGGUCACCGGCCUCGAGAGGGACCUCACCUACCAGUUCAGAGUCAGCGCCAAAACCGCCGUCAACAUCAGCAAACCGUCUGAACCCAGCGAGCCCGUCCUGGUGCAGGCCGAGAACGUGCCCCCGAGGAUCGAGCUGAGCGCCCGGAUGCAGAAGGGCUUCAAGGUGAAGGCGGGUACCACGCUUCUGCUGGAGGCCGAGGUGUUCGGGAAGCCCAUGCCGCGGGUCACGUGGUCCAGAGGAGACCAAACCCUGAAGAGCGGCGCUGGUCACGUGAUCUCGCACACGAGGAACCACUUCCUCCUCGAGAUGAGCGACGUCACCAAAGAACACACCGGAAACUACACCAUCCUCGCCGAGAACGCCAGCGGCAGCAAGAGCGCCCAGGUGGAGGUCUGCGUGCUGGACGUGCCUGGACCUCCCUCCAGCUCUUCCUUCGUGGCGGUGACGGCGUCGACCGUCACUCUGGCGUGGGAGCCCCCCCUGCAGGACGGCGGGGCGCCGGUGAAGGCGUACAUCGUGGACAAACGCGAGACCAGCCGCGCCGAGUGGGCACAGGUCUCCGCCAAGGUCAAAGGCGACGCCAAAGAGUUCAGCGUGGAGAGACUCAUCGAGGGACGAGAGUACCAGUUCAGGAUCCGAGCCGAGAACAUGUGGGGUGUAGGAGACGCGCUGGUCACGACGCCGGUCAUCGCCAAGAACCCCUUCACCGUCCCUGGCCAAUGCGAGGCUCCUCUGGUCACCAACGUUCUGAAGGACCGUAUGACUGUGAGCUGGAAGGAGCCGGCGGACGACGGUCAGUCCCCGAUCCUCGGCUACUUCCUGGAGAAGAAGGAGACCAAAGAAAUUAACUGGACCAAACUGAGCCGUAAACCUCAGGCCGAGCGCUCGCUGGAGGUGACCGGCCUGGUCGAGGGCAUCGAGUACGUGUUCAGAGUCACCGCCGUCAACAUCGCCGGCCCCGGCAAGCCCAGCGAGGCGUCCGAGGGUGCCACCGCCAUGAACCCCAUCACUCCCCCGGGUCCCGUGCUGAACCCCAGUGUGGUGGACACCACAAACUCCACCCUGAGCGUGUCAUGGGGCGCCCCGGCGAACACGGGCGGGAGCCCCAUCCUCGGGUACCUGGUGGAGUGCAAACGCUGCGACACCAACGACUGGAUCCGCUGCAACGUCCCGAGGAACCUCCAGGAGACGUCCUACGUGAUCCAGAACCUCCUGCACAUGAGCCAGUACCAGGUCCGAGUGUCGGCCGUCAACAAGGUCGGCUUCGGCGAAGCCGUCGAAGUGCCCGGAACACACACGGUCAAGGACAUCAUCAUUCCCCCGGAGGCCGAGCUGAGCGCUGAGUUGAAGGACGGACUGGAGCUCAAAGCCGGACAGACCAUGAGACUCAACGCCACCUACAGGGGGCGCCCCGUGCCCAGAGUCACCUGGGCCAAGAUGAACUCCAACCUGAAGGAUCGCCAGGGCGUGGUCUUCAAGACCACCGCCGCCGACGCCUCCGUCAUCGUGGAGAACGUCAACCGCUACGAUGGCGGCAAAUACAUCCUCAACUUGGAGAGCGCCGCCGGCAUGAAGAUGUACACUGUCCUCGUCAAGGUGCUCGACACUCCUGGACCUCCUGGAAACAUCUCAGUGAAGGAGACGACCAAAGACUCGGCGGAGCUGUUCUGGGACGUUCCUCUGCUGGACGGCGGUUCGGAGGUGACUCAUUACGUGGUGGAGAAACGAGACACGGAGAGAAAAGCCUGGUCCAUCGUCUCCAACAACUGCCCCCAGACCAACUUCAAGGUGACUGACCUGGAGGCCGGACGCAACUACUGCUUCAGAGUGUCCGCGGUGAACGCACUGGGGGCGGGCGAGACCGCCGAGACCGCCGACGCCGUCAGGGCAUCAGAGGAGCCUGGUCCGGUCAUGGACUUUAAGACCCUGUUGGUGACCCGGGACUCCUGCACCUUGAGCUGGAAGAAGCCGCUGACGGACGGAGGAUCUCGCAUCACCUGCUACGUCCUGGAGGUCCUCAACGGAGAAGACAAGUACAAGGAACUCAUGAGGUCGAAGAACAUGCAGUACAGCGCCAAGGACCUGGUGGAGGGACGCGAGUACAACUACAGAGUGAAGGCCGUGAACGACGCCGGGGAGGGCGCCGCAAAGGAGCUCACCGUGACCGCCAAGGACCAGAUCAUCCACCCGAGCCUGGACCUCCGUGAGCUGCCGAACAUGGUGUAUGUGGCCAAAGAGGGCACCACGGUCCGGCUGAAGAUCCCGGUGAUUGGAAAACCCACGCCCAAAGUGACCUGGAAGAAGGGCGAUGACGAGGACCUGACGGACAGCGGGCGAGUCUGCGCCGAGUCCACCGCCGUCAACACCACGCUCCUGAUCCGGGACUGCCAGAGGAGCGACGCCUCCAAAUACGUCAUCACCCUGAGGAACUCUGCCGGCACCAAGGAGUCCACCAUCUUCAUCAGAGUCGUCGGCAAACCCGGCAUCCCCAUUGGCCCCGUGAAGUUCAAGGACGUGACGGCGGAUGGCGCCACCCUCCGCUGGGGCGUACCCAAAGAUGACGGCGGCUCCGAAAUCACGAACUACAUCCUGGACAAGAGGGACUCGAUCACCAACAUGUGGGUGACGGUGUCGUCCGACGUGAAGGAGAACUCCUUCAGGGUGACCGGGCUCCACGAGGGCACAGAGUACAUCUUCAGAGUGAGCGCCGAGAACAAGUACGGCGUCGGAGAGGGACUCAAGUCUGAGCCCUGCGUCGCCAAGCACCCCUUCAAUGUUCCAGACGCUCCUCCUCCUCCUCAGAUCAUGAGCAUGAGGCACGACUCGGCGUAUCUGGCCUGGAUGGACCCCAGGAAGACAGGCGGCUCCCCCAUCACUGGGUACCAUGUGGAGUUUAAGGAGAGGAACAGCAUGUUGUGGAAACGUGCCAGCCCAAACGCGCUCAGGAUGAAAGAGCACAAGGUGACGGGUCUGACCGAAGGCCUGGAGUACGAGUUCAGAGUCAUGGCCAUAAACUUGGCAGGAAUCGGCCGUCCCAGUGCCCCCACCGACCCGCAGGUGGCGCUGGAUCCCAUCGACCCGCCCGGUAAACCCGACGUGGUCUCCAUCACCCGCAGUACAGUGACGCUGCAGUGGACCGAGCCUUUGUCCGACGGCGGGCACAGACUCACCGGGUACAUCGUGGAGCGCCGCGACCUGCCUUCCAAAAUCUGGGGGAAAUGCAACACGGUGAACGUGGUGGACCCAGCGUACACCGUCACCGACCUCCAGGAGGGCUGCAAGUACGAGUUCAGGAUCCGCGCCAAGAACGCCGCCGGCGCCCUGAGCCCCCCGUCUGAGCAGACGGACACCAUCAUCUGCACCGACGAAUACGCCUCUCCGACUAUCAUCAUCGACGCUCAGGUGAAGGAGGGCCUGACGGUGCGCGCCGGCGACACCAUCGUCAUCACCGCCACCAGCAUCCAGGGCAAACCGGCGCCCACAUCCUGCUGGUCCAAGGGUGGCAAGUACUUCAAACCGUCCGACAUCGUCCACAUCGAGGCCACGGAGACCUCGUCCACGCUGUCCCUCAAGUACGCCAGCCGCAAGGACUCCGGCGAGUACACCAUCACCGCCACCAACCCCUUCGGCGUCAAGGAGGAGACGGUGAGCGUGAAGGUGCUGGACGUGCCUGGCGCGCCCGGACCCAUCGAGUGCAGCGGCAUCUCCUCUGAGAAGGUGACGCUCACCUGGACGGCGCCCCUGGAGGACGGUGGAGCUCCGAUUAGACACUACACUCUGGAGAAGCGUGAGACCAGCCGGCUGCUCUGGACCGUCCUGGAGAAGAAGGUCCUGGACUGUCACUACGUCGCUCACAAACUCAUCCAAGGAAACGAGUACUUCUUCAGGGUCCGCGCCGUCAACCAGUACGGCGCCAGCGAGCCUGCCCACUCCGACGCCGUCAAGAUGGUGGACAGAUACGGUCCUCCUGGACCUCCAUCCAAACCUGAGGUGGAGAAAGUGGACGGGCACUCUGCCACUGUGACCUGGCGCCGCCCGGCAGACGAUGGCGGCAGCGACAUCAUCAGCUACUGCGUGGAAAAGAAGGAGAAGAAAGGCAUGAAAUGGGUCCGAGCGUCCAAGAAGCCCGUCACCGAGCUGAGCUUUGAGGUCACCGGCCUCACCGAGGGAGUGGAGUACGAGUUCAGGGUCUCCGCAGAGAACCGCGCCGGGUUUGGAGAGCCCAGCGAGCCGUCCAUGCCCGUCCGCACCAUCGUCGCAGCCUUUCCUCCUGGGCCCCCGGUGAACCCCCGCGUCACCGACACAACCAAAACCACAGCCACUCUGAACUGGGGCAAACCGCUCGACAACGGCGGCAUGGAAGUGACCGGGUACAUCAUUGAGCACCGCAAAGACGGCACAGAGGAGUGGGUGAAGGACACGCCCUCGUCCCCGCUCAGGAUCACGGAGUUUGUGGUGCCUGAGCUCGAGGCCGGAGCCAAAUACUUCUUCAGAAUCAGUGCCGUGAACGCUAAAGGAGUGGGCGAGCCGGCCGAGACGCAGGAGGCCGUGGAGAUCCUGGAGAGAGCCGCCGAACCUGAGUUUGAGCUGGACGUGGAGCUGAGGAGGACUCUGGUGGUGCGCGCCGGCUGCUCCAUUCGGAUGUUCGUCCCCAUUAAAGGACGUCCCUCUCCCAGCGUCACGUGGACCAAAGAGGGAGGACCCGUGACCAGAGCUGUGAUCGACAGCACAGAGUCCUUCACCAUGCUCCUGAUCCCAGAGAGCACGCGCCACGAUGCGGGAAAAUACGAGCUCACUCUGGAGAACGCGUCUGGCAAGAAAACAGCUGAGGUGCACGUGCGCGUGCUGGACUCCCCGGGACCCCCCAUCAACCUGAAACCGGUGAAGAUCGACAAAGAGAGCAUCACUCUGUCCUGGGAGAUGCCGCUCAUAGACGGCGGUUCCAAAAUCACUAAUUACAUCAUCGAGAAGAGAGAGUCCACGCGCAAAGCCUUCGCCACCUGCAUUAUGCACUGCCCCACCACCUCUGUCUGCAUCGGCGAGCUGGGCGAGGGCUGCGAGUACUACUUCAGAGUGUCCGCCGAGAACGAGUACGGCAUCGGAGAGGCGGUCGAGACUUCUGACCCCAUCCGCGCCUCUCAGGCCCCCACCCCUCCCCCCAGCAUCAUCCCCACUGACAUCACCAAGAACUCUGUGAGCCUGGCCUGGACCCGCCCCAAACACGACGGCGGCAGCCGCAUCACCGGCUACGUCCUGGAGGCACAAAAGAAGGGCACAGACCAGUGGGCGCACGUCACCACCGUCAAAACCAUGGACUUCACCGUCAAGAACCUGAACGAAAACGAGGAGUACGUUUUCCGCGUGAUGGCCGUGAACCUGUCAGGCCGCAGCGCGCCGCGCGAGAGCAAACCCAUCACCGUGAAGGAGGCCACCAUGCUGCCAGAGUUUGACCUGCGCUCUGUGUGCCAGAAGACCGUCAUCGCCAAAGCCGGAGAUGACAUCAAAGUGGAGAUCCCUGUGAUGGGCCGUCCCCGUCCCACCGUGUCCUGGCAGAAGGACGGCGGCUCUAUGAAGCUCACGCAAAGGGUCAACGUUGAGACGACUGCCGCCACUGCUGUGCUCAGCAUCGGCGAGUGUAACCGCGGUGACUCCGGCAUCUACACCAUGACCGGAAAGAACAUCGCCGGAAGCGUGUCAGAAAACCUCAUUGUCAAAGUGCACGAUGUCCCCGGCCCUCCCAAGGGACCCGUGAAGAUCGUGGAGAUCUCCAGAACCUACUGUGUGUUCUCCUGGGAGCCGCCUGAGAACGACGGUGGCGUUCCCAUCAAUAACUACGUGGUGGAGAUCAGAGACACAACGUCACAGACCUGGACCGAGCUCUCCGCCUCCAUCAUCCGCACCGCCUUCAAAGCCGUGCGCCUCAACACCGGCUCCGAGUAUCAGUUCAGAGUCAAAGCCAAGAACAGGUACGGCGCCGGGCCGCCCAUCACCUCAGAGGCCGUGGUCGCCGCUUACCCCUUCAAAGCUCCCGGACCCCCUGGCACGCCACACGUGGUGGCCUUCACCAAAGACUCCAUCACCGUGGGCUGGAACGAGCCCGUGUCGGACGGUGGCAGCGAGGUGCUGGGGUACCACGUGGAGCGGAAGGAGCGCAGCAGCAUCAUCUGGACCAAGAUCAGCUCCAGCAUGGUCAAAGGAAACAUCUUCAAGUCCAGCGGCCUGGAGGACGGCGUAGCUUACGAGUUCAGAGUCACCGCUGAGAAUCUGGCUGGCAUUGGCAAACCCAGCAAAGCCUCCGAGGCCAUCCUCGCCCUGGACCCCGUGGACCCCCCCGGCCAACCAGAGCCUGUGUUUGUCAAUAAGAAUGUCAUCACCAUCCAAUGGACAAAGCCCGAGUACGACGGCGGCUUCAAGAUCACCGGCUACACGGUGGAGAAGAAGGAGCUGCCAGACGGGCGCUGGAUCCGCGCCAACUUCACCAACAUCAUGGAGACACAGUUCACCGUGAGUGGCCUGACGCAGGACGCCUCCUACAAGUUCAGGGUCAUCGCCCGGAACUCAGCGGGCGCCGUGAGCGUGCCCUCGGACCCAUCCGACCCAAUCACCUGCCGCGACGAUAUCGUGGAGCCGCGCAUCAUGGUGGACGCCGUGUUCAGAGACGUGGUGCAGCUGAAGGCCGGAGAGUCGUUCAAACUGGACGCGGACAUCGCGGGGCAACCCACACCCUCCAUGGUUUGGACCAAGAACGGCAAAGAGGUGGAGAACACCCUGAAACUGGAGGUGCGCUUCACAGAGCUCACCACCACGCUCACCAACAAAGACUCGGUGAGAGCAGACGGAGGAGAGUUUGUCCUCACCGCCACCAAUGUGGGCGGCUUCGCCAAACACAUCUUCAAAGUCAAAGUCCUGGACCGUCCCGGGCCCCCAGUGGGACCACUCAAAGUGUCCGACGUCACGGCUGAUAACUGCGUUGUCGCCUGGGAGCCUCCAGCCGACGAUGGCGGUGCCAAGAUUGAGGGCUACGUUAUUGAGAAGCGUGAGUCGAGCCGCCUGGUCUGGACCAGCGUGGCCUCGGAUCUGCAGGUCACGCAGUUCAAAGUCACCAAACUGCUCAAAGGAAAUGAGUACAUCUUCAGAGUCAUGGCCCUGAACAAAUACGGCCUGGGAGAGGCCCUGGAGUCAGAGCCCACCAUCGCAGACAACCCCUACACCGUCCCCGACCCGCCCGAAAACCCAGAGGUCACCGCCAUCACCAAAGACUCUAUGGUCCUCAUGUGGCAGGAGCCGAAGAGCGACGGAGGCACCCCUAUCACGCACUACAAUGUGGAGAGGAAGGACCGCAUCGGCCUGCGCUGGGUCAAGUGCAACAAGAGGAAAGUGAAGGAGCUGCAGUUCAGAGUGGGCGGGCUCAUCCCCGGACAUAUGUACGAGUUCAGAGUGACGGCAGAGAACGCGGCUGGCAUCAGCGCUCCCAGCGUCUCCAGCCCCUUCUACAAAGCCACAGAUGCCCUGUAUGUGCCUGGUGCUCCCUGCAACCCCAGAGUUCUCGACACUACCAAGUCCUCGAUCACUGUGGCCUGGAACAAACCCGUGUACGACGGCGGCUCCGAGGUCACCGGCUACGUGGUGGAGACCUGCAUCCCCUGUGAAAAAGAGGAGGAAGAGGAGUGGACCAUCAGGACACCGAAGGAGGGUCUGAAGGCCACGAGCUUCACCAUCCUGGACUUGAAGGAGAACCAGGAGUACAAGAUUCAGAUCUCUGCCCUGAACAGCGAGGGCAUGGGUGAGGCUGCCGCCGUGCCCGAAAACCCCAAAGCUGAGGACCGCCUGCUGCCACCCGAGAUGGACCUGGACUUGGAGCUCCGAAAGGUGGUAAGCCUCAGAGCCUGCUGCUCGCUGCGCCUGUUCGUCCCCAUCAGAGGGCGCCCCACUCCCACUGCCAAAUGGACCAAAGAGGAGGGAGAGCCCGUGGAGAGAGCCACCAUCGACACCACCUCUUCCUACACCUUGCUGGUCAUCGAGAAUGUGAACCGCUUCGACAGCGGGAAAUACAACCUCACUGUGGAGAACAGCUCCGGCUCCAAGACGGCCACGGUCCAAGUGCGCGUCUUGGACACCCCAAGUGCCCCUCAGAACCUGAAGAUCACAGCCGUGACCUUCCAUUCCGUCACGCUCACCUGGGAUCCUCCCACCAAUGACGGAGGCGUCAAAAUAAAGAAUUACAUCGUGGAGAAGCGUGAGUCCACCAGAAAGGCCUAUGCCACGGUCAAAGCCAACUGCCACAGCACUACCUUCACCGUGGAGCAGCUGCUUGAGGGCUGCAACUACUACUUCAGAGUCCUGGCUGAGAACGAGUACGGCAUCGGUCUCCCCAUCGAGACCAUCGAGUCCGUCAAAGUGUCUGAGAAACCGCAGCCUCCGGGAAAGAUCGUCCUGAAGGACGUGACGAAGAGCAGUGUGACCUUGGCGUGGGAGAAGCCAGUGCACGACGGUGGCUCCAGAGUCGGCUGCUACGUGGUGGAGGUUCAGCCCAAAGGUGUUGAGAAAUGGACCCAGGCGCUGAUCGUCAAGGAGACCGAGGCCACCAUCAGUAACCUGAACGCCGGCGAGGAGUACAUGUUCCGUGUAGCUGCCAGGAACGAGAAAGGCACAAGCGACCCGCGGCAGAUUGGUGUCCCUGUCAUUGUCAAAGACCUGGUCAUUGCUCCAGAUGUGAAGAUGCUGUUCAACACCUUCAGCGUCCUCGCCGGAGAGGACCUCACCAUCGACAUCCCAUAUGUGGCUCGGCCCAAAGCCGCCGUGUCCUGGGUCAAAGACGGGGUUCCGCUGAAGAGAACCACCAGGGUGAACUUCAGCGCCACAGAAACUAUGCUAAACCUGAACAUUAAAGAAGCCACCAGAGAUGACGUGGGACAUUACCUGAUCACUCUGACCAACACUGCCGGAGAGACCAAAGCCGAGAUGGGAGUGGUGGUCCUGGACAAGCCGGGCCCGCCCACAGGUCCGGUCAAAGUGGAGGAGGUGACGUCCGACAGCAUCAGCAUCUCCUGGAGCCCGCCCGACUACGAAGGAGGUUGCACCGUCAAACACUACAUUGUAGAGAAGAGAGACACGUCCACCACCACAUGGGCCAUGGUGUCCCCCAACCUCGCGCGCACCAAAGUGAAGGCCAGCAGGCUGAAGACCGGGUCCGAGUACCAAUUCAGGAUCACAGCCGAGAACAGAUAUGGCAAAGGCCCGGCGCUGCUGUCCGAGUGCAUCACUGCACAGUAUCCCUACAAGCUGCCCGGACCUCCAGGUACUCCCAACAUCGCCUCCUGCACCAAAGACACGAUGGUGGUGGCCUGGAACGAGCCGGUGAACGAUGGCGGCAGUGCCAUCCUGGGGUAUCACCUGGAGCGCAAAGAGAGGAACAGCAUCCUGUGGGUGAAGCUCAACAAGUCCCUGAUAACAGAUCAGACCUUCAAAACCACCGGCCUGGAGCCCGGUCUGGAGUACGAAUACCGCGUCUACGCAGAGAACAUUGUCGGCAUCGGCAAAGUCAGCAAAGUGUCAGAGGGCGUCGUGGCGAGGGACCCCUGCGAUCCUCCGGGAACUCCUGAGGCGACAAAGAUCACCAAGGACUCUGUGACGAUCAUCUGGACCAAACCAGAGUACGACGGCGGAGCCAAAGUCACAGGUUACAUCGUAGAGAAGAAGGAGCUGCCCGAGGGCCGUUGGCUCAAAGCCAACUUCACAAACGUCAUCGAGACAGAAUACGUCGCCACCGGACUUGUCCCUGAUAACCAGUACGAGUUUAGAGUGAUCGCGCGAAACGCAGCUGGAGUAUUCAGUCUGCCUUCCUACAGCACCGGUCCCAUCACCGCCAAAGACGAGAUCGAACCGCCGCGCCUCAGCAUCGACCCCGAGUACACGCAGACGCUCGUCGUCAACGCUGGAGACAGCUUCAAGAUUGACGCAGAUGUGCACGGGAAACCGCUGCCCUCCAUCCACUGGAUGAUGGGAGAACACGAGCUGGGCAACACCAUCCACAGGGAGAUCAAGAAUCUGCCCACAAAGGCGUUUAUCUCAGUGAAAGAGGCAAAACUGUCCGACGGAGGAGAGUACACGCUGCUGCUCAGGAACCCCGGAGGAGAGAAGUCCGUGAAGGUGAACGUGGUGGUUCUAGACAAACCUGGCGAGCCACAGGGACCUGUAAAUGUGACUGGAAUCAUGAACGACCGCUGCAGCAUCUCGUGGAAGGCCCCGCUUCAGGACGGCGGCUCAAAAAUCUCACACUACAUCGUGGAGAGACGCGAGACCAGCCGCCUCGUGUGGACCGUGAUCGACCCCAAGGUGGAGAACACCUGCCUGAAAGUAACCAAACUCCUGGAGGGAGAUGAGUACAUCUUCAGGAUCAGAGCCGUGAACCAGUUUGGUAUUGGCGCUCCUCUGGAGUCCGGUCCCGUCCUCAUCAAAGACCCAUAUCUGCCACCAGGAGCACCUAGAGCCCUGGAAGUCUCAGACAUUAAGAAGGAUUCUAUGGUGCUGACGUGGGAGGCUCCCUCUGAAGAUGGAGGCAGCCCCAUCACUGGCUACAUCAUUGAGAAACACGACAAAGACGGUGUGAGGUGGACACGCUGCAACAGAGGCACCGUCACCGACCUGACCUUCAGAGUGACUGGGCUUUUGGAGAGCCACAUCUACGAGUUCAGAGUCGCCGCUGAAAAUGCCAUUGGCGUUGGAGAGGCCAGUUCCCCCACUGUCUUCUUCAGAGCUGUGGACCCCGUGUUCAAACCGGGCCCUCCACAUAACCCCAGAGUCCUGGACACCUCCAAGUCCAGCGUGUUUCUGUCCUGGGGCAAGCCGGCAUGCGACGGCGGCUGUGAGAUCCAGGCUUACAUCGUGGAGUGUUGCACUGCUACAGCUCCAGUUGAACCUGCUCCAGAGGCUCCUGCAGAGGAGGCCGCCACCCCAGAGGCUCCCGCCGAGGAGUGGGUCAUGUGCACACCGCCCGCCGGCAUUAAACACACCAAAUAUGAGGUCACAAGCCUGAAGGAAAACCAGGCCUACAAGUUCAGAGUCUGCGCUGUGAACAAAGUGGGCGUAGGCGAAGCAGCGGACGUGUCCGGCAUCAUCGUGGCUCAGGACAAACUCGAGGAGCCCGACCUUGACAUUGACCCUGAACUCCGCAACAUCGUUUCCAUCAAAGCUGGCGCUUCUCUCAGACUCUUCAUCCCUAUCAAAGGCCGUCCCACUCCCACCGUGAAAUGGGGCAAAGACGAAGCACCGCUGAAGGAGACGGCACAAGUGGAGAUCACGAGCAGCUACACAUCUCUUGUCAUCGACAAAAUGAGUCGCAAUGACAGCGGCAAAUACUCUAUCACGGUCGAGAAUGCCAGUGGAACCAAGUCUGCCUACAUUGUGGUGCGGGUCCUGGACACGCCGAGCGCCCCCGUCAACCUUAAGGUCCAGGAGAUUACAAACCAAUCGGUCACUCUGGCCUGGGAACCACCUCUUCUGGAUGGAGGCUCUAAGAUCAAGAACUACAUUGUGGAAAAGAGAGAGAGCACCCGUAAGACCUAUGCCGCCGUGGUCACAAACUGCCACGCUCUGUCCUGGAAGGUGGAGCCUCUGCAGGAGGGCUGCAGCUACUACUUCCGAGUCCUGGCGGAGAACGGUCAUGGCGUGGGGCUACCCGCCAUCAUCGUGGACCCUCUGAAGGUCUCAGAGGUGCCCCAGUGCCCUAAGAACCUGAUUGUGACGGACCAGACCAAGACCAGCAUCUCUCUGGCCUGGGAGAAGCCGGAGUAUGACGGCGGCAGCAGAGUGCUGCAGUAUCUGCUGGAGGUGCAGCUCAAAGGGCAGGAGAAGUGGAACGGUGUCAACACAUUUAAGACAAUGGAGGCCACAGUGUCCAACCUGAACCCAGGUGAAGAGUACCUGUUCAGAGUCACCGCCAUCAAUGACAAGGGCAAGAGUGACCCCCGUGUCCUGUCCGGUCCCGUCAUGACCAAAGAUCUGGUGAUCGAGCCCGACGUGCGCCCGGCCUUCAGCAACUACAGCGUCCAUGUCGGGAAGGACCUGAACGUGGUGGUGCCGGUGAUCGGCCGCCCUAAACCUGUGGUGAGCUGGAGCAAAGACGGAGCGCCUCUGAAGUUCACCACACGCGUGAACAUUGUGAACACGAAUGGCACAACCGCACUCAGCAUCAAAGAGGCGGCAGGAGAUGAUGGCGGCAUGUACACCGUCAGCGCCACAAACACAGCCGGAAAGAAGGACACCUCUAUCGAGAUCAUCGUCCUGGACAAGCCAGGUCCUCCCUCAGGCCCCGUGAAGUUCACCGAGAUCACGACUCAGAGCGUCACUCUCUCCUGGGACCCGCCCAAACACAACGGCGGCUGCCAGAUCUCAAAUUACAUCAUUCAGAAGAGAGACACAACCACCACCGUCUGGGAGAACGUCAGCAUCAACUGUGCCAGGACCUGCAUCAAAGUGAGCCGCCUCAAGACCGGUGCCGAGUACCAGUUCAGGAUCAUCGCUCAGAACAAAUAUGGAAAGAGCCAUGGCCUGGAUUCCCCGACUGUGGUGGCCCAGUACCCGUACAGAGAGCCCGGUCCCCCUGGCACUCCCUUCAUCGCUUCCCUGUCCCGCGACCACCAGGUGGUGGAGUGGCACGAACCCAUCUCCGACGGAGGCUCCCCAGUCCUGGGAUAUCACCUGGAGAGGAAGGAGAGGAACAGCAUCCUGUGGGUGAAGAUCAACAAGACUCUGAUCCAUGAGACCACGUUCAAGAGCUACCCGCUGGAGGAGGGUAUAGAGUACGAGUACCGCGUCUACGCUGAGAAUAUCGUCGGCAUCGGCCGCUGCAGCAAAGUGUCUGAGGGCUGCGUGGCACGUGACCCGUGCGACCCGCCCGGUCAGCCCGAGCCUAUCCAUGUCACCAAAGACACCAUCGUGAUUCAGUGGACCAAACCCGAGUACGAUGGCGGUAGCAACAUCACCGGCUACACAGUGGAGAAACGCGACCUGCCUGAGGGACGCUGGGUCAGAGCCAACUUCACCAACGUCAUCGAGACACAGUUCACCGUCACCGGCCUCACGGAGAAUGCUCAGUACGACUUCAGAGUCAUCGCCAAGAACGCCGUGGGCACCGUCAGCAAACCGUCCUUCAACAGUGGCCCUAUCACUGCCAGCGACAGCAUAGAGGCGCCCAAAUACUCCAUCGACCCCGAGUUCACAAAGACCAUCAUCAUUAACGCUGGAGAGACGUUUAAACUGGACGCAGACGUGCGCGGUAAACCCCCUCCCACAAUGCAGUGGUUUAAGGAUGAGAAACCAAUCGAAAACACGCUGAGACUCGAGAUCAAAAACUCAGAGACUCGCGCCAUGAUCGUGAUCAAAGACUGUGUGCGCAUCGACGGAGGGAUGUAUGUGCUGCAGCUCACUAAUGAGGCCGGCGCCGAGACCAUCCCCUUUAAAGUCGUGGUUUUGGACAGGCCCAGCAUCUGCGAGGGACCCCUGCACGUGACCGGGGUGGCCGAGGACAGGUGCACGCUCGCCUGGCGGGCGCCACUCCAUGACGGCGGCAGUGCGGUCACUCACUAUGUCAUCGAGCGCAGAGAGACGAGCCGAUUGGCCUGGACUGUGGUCAGCAGCAGCUGCACCGCCCCCUGCUACAAAGUCACCAAACUGCUGGAAGGAAAUGAGUACACGUUCCGCGUGAUGGCCGUGAACAAGUAUGGCACCAGCGAGCCUCUGGAGUCCGAGAAUGUCAUCAUGAGAACUCCGUUUGUGGCACCAGGACCGCCGCACAUCGAGGAUGUGUCUCACAUCGCACGUGAUGGAAUGACCAUCGUAUGGACCGCCCCCGAAUCUGAUGGAGGCAGCGAGAUCACCGGUUACAUCAUCGAGAAGAAGGACCGAGCCGGAAUCAAAUGGACCAGAUGCAACCGACAGAAAGUGACCGACCUGUCCUUUAGGGUGACCGGGCUGAGCACAGGGCACGAGUACGAGUUCAGAGUCUCUGCAGAGAACAUUGUUGGCACUGGAGAGCCCAGUCUGCCCAGCUCCUACUACAGAGCCUGCGACCCCAAGUUCAAGCCCAGCGCUCCAAGCUACAUCAACGUCAUUGACUCCACCAAGACCUCCCUUUCUCUGGCCUGGGGCAAACCGGCGUCCGAUGGCGGCAGUCCCAUCCAGGGCUACAUUGUGGAGGUGUGCAAAGCUGAGGAGGAGGAGUGGACCAUGGUCACUCCCGCCACCGGCCUUAGACUCAACAAAUAUGAGAUCACAAAGCUGGCGGAGGGACAGGAGUACAAGGUCCAAGUGUGUGCUCUGAAUAAACUGGGCGUGGGUGAACCGGCUGUCCUCUCCGGCACCGCAAAGACCGAAGACCGAGUGGAACCUCCACAGAUUCACUUGGACUCCGAGCUCAGGAAGGGCAUUGUGGUGAAAGCCGGCGCCUCCGUCAGAAUCCACGUCCCAUUCAAGGGCCGUCCGCUGCCCGAGAUCAAGUGGAGCAAAGACGAGGGCGACCUGCCAGAGAGGGCGGUGGUGGAGAAGGCUCUGACCUUUACACAGCUGUCCAUCGACUCCAGCGACAGAAACGACUCCGGGAAAUACGCUCUGAGUCUCACCAACAGCAGCGGCACAGUGUCUGAGGUGGUGUCUGUCAAAGUUCUGGACACGCCCUCCGCGCCACUCAACCUUGUCGUCAAAGACGUCAAAACUGACUCUGUGACACUGGUGUGGGACGCGCCGCUCGUUGACGGAGGCUCCAAAAUCAAAAACUAUGUCAUCGAUAAACGUGAAUCCACCAGAAAGGCCUACGCCAACGUCUCCACCAAAUGCACAAAGACCACAUUCAAAGUGGAGAACCUGAUCGAGGGCGCCAUGUACUACUUCAGAGUGUCCGCAGAGAAUGAGUUUGGAGUGGGACAGUCGGUGGAAACUAAGACUGCCUCCAAAGCCGCCGAAGUGCCGCUGCCGGUGGGAAAGAUCUAUCUGACCGAUGUGACUAAAGUCAGUGCAACUUUGGCCUGGGAGAAGCCAGAGCACGACGGAGGAAGCAGAAUCGGAGGUUACCUCAUCGAGAUGCUGCCCAAAGGAACUGACAAAUGGGGCGUGGCAGCAAACGUGAAGACCUGCGAGGGCACCGUGAAAGGCCUGACUGCCGGAACAGAGUACAUGUUCAGAAUCAUUGCUUACAAUGACAAAGGCAAGAGCGAGCCCAAAGCCUUAGCUGCUCCCGUGAUCGCCGCAGACAUGACGAUGGAGCCCAGCAUCAAACUGCAGUUCAACAGUUACACCGUCCUCUCAGGGAAAGACCUGAAGCUGGAGUUCCCAGUCAUCGGACGCCCCAAACCCAAAGUCACAUGGACCAAAGACGGGCAGCCACUCAAAGUCACCUCCAGAGUUAACGUGGUCAACACAGAAAGCACCACCUCCAUCUCCAUCACAGAGGCCUGUAAAGAUGAUCUUGGCAAAUACACCAUCACCGCCACCAACUCUGCCGGCUCUGCCACGGAGGAGGUGUCUGUGAUCAUCCUGGACAAACCUGGCCCACCCAAAGGCCCUGUGAAAGUGCUGGAAGUGAGCAAUACAUUUGUGAAUCUCGCCUGGGAACCGCCAGAGUACACGGGAGGCUGCCAGGUCAAAAACUACAUUGUGGAGAAACGUGACACGACAACACAGACAUGGCAGCCUGUCACCGCACAGCUCGCCAGAACGGCUUUCAAAGUCACCAAACUGAAGACGGGCGCUGAGUACCAGUUCAGAAUCAUCGCAGAGAACAGGUACGGAAAGGGAGUGCCUCUGGACUCCAAGGCUAUUGUGGUUCAGUACCCGUACAAACCACCAGGGCCCCCCGGAACACCCUACAUCAAAUCUGCCACAAAGGAAAUGAUGAUUGUGGAGUGGAACGAGCCGGUGAACGACGGAGGCAGCCCUGUGAUUGGCUACCACCUCGAGAGCAAAGAACGAAGUAGCAUUCUGUGGAAUAAACUCAACAAGACGCUCAUCGCCGACACGCAGUUCAAGAUCUGUAAUCUGGAGGAAGGAAUUGGCUACGAGUUCAGAGUGUACGCCGAGAACAUUGUCGGAAUCGGCCGCUGCAGUAAAGUGUCCGAAUCCUUUGUUGCCCGUGAUCCUUGCGAUCCUCCCGGCGCUCCUGAAGCUGUGACCAUCUCCAAAAACCUGAUCAAGAUCCAGUGGACCAAACCACAGUACGACGGCGGCAGCAAAGUGACCGGAUACAUCGUGGAGAGGAAGGACCUGUCGUCUCCCGACGGGCACUGGGUCAGAGCAAACUUCACUAACAUUGCAGACACCGAGUACACCGUCACUGGCCUGACCGAGGGAGAGCAGUACGACUUUAGAGUCAUUGCCAGAAAUGCAGCCGGAGUUUUCAGUGAACCGUCCGACAGCUCUGGACCCAUCACUGCCACAGACGAAAUCGAGCCUCCGCGCGCCUCCAUGGACCCCAAAUACAAGGACGUCAUUGUGGUGAACGCCGGUGAGAACUUGGUGCUAGAUGCUGAUGUUUACGGCAAGCCUUUCCCUGAGAUCAGCUGGCACAAAGAGGGCAAGGAGAUGGAUAAAGCUCUGCGUAUUGAGGUGAAACUCGCCUUGAAGCGUGCUUCCGUCACCAUUAAAGAUGUGACCAAACUCGACAGCGGAAACUACGAUCUUGUGCUGAAAAAUCUCGGAGGCACAAAGAACUUCCCCAUUGUUGUUAAAGUCCUGGACAAACCAGGCGCUCCUGCCGGGCCCAUGAAGGUGACAGGUGUGAUGUCUGACCGUUGCACACUCUCCUGGGCUCAGCCCACUCUUGAUGGAGGUGCUCCCAUCACACACUACAUGCUGGAGAAGAGAGAGACCAGCCGACUCUCCUGGACUGUGGUCGCACCCAAAAUCGAUGGACUUUUCUACAAGGUCAAGAACUUGCUUCCGUCUGAAGAAUACAUCUUCAGAGUGAGAGGUGUGAACAAAUACGGCAUCGGUGACUUCCUGGAGAGUGAACCCAUCAUUGCCCGUAACCCGUACAAACCCCCGAGUGCCCCGGGUACCCCUGAGGCCAGUGAAAUCACAAAGGAUUCCAUGCUCCUGUCCUGGUCUGCCCCAGAGCAAAUCGGUGGAGCAGAGAUCCAGAGCUAUCACCUGGAGAAGCGAGACAAAGACAGCGUGAGAUGGACCAAAUGCAACAGAGAGAAGCUCCUGGAGACCAGCUUCAGAGUGACCGGUCUGAUGACCGACCACUUCUACGAGUACCGCGUCGCGGCAGAAAACGAGGCGGGCAUGGGAGACCUGAGCGAGCUGUCUCUCUUCUACAGAGCAUGCAACGCUCUUACUCCCCCUGGACCCCCACACCAUCCUAAAGUCAUAGACUACUCCAAGACUUCAGUGUCCCUGUCCUGGGGUAAACCUGACUUCGAUGGAGGUGCCUACAUUAAGGGAUACAUCGUGGAAAUGAGGGAGUACACGCCAAUCCCUGAAGAAACGGAGGAGGCAGAGGUGGCUCCUGCAGUUGAACAAAUUGUGGAGAAAGAAUGGUCCAUGUGCACUCCCCCUACUGGAAUCCAAGCCACAAAACUCACCAUCACAGACCUGAAGGAGGGAGGAGAGUACCAGUUCAGAGUGUGUGCCAUAAACUCAGAGGGCGUGGGUGAAGCUGCCAGUGUCCAUGGCACUGUGGUUACCUCAUCCCGCGCCGAAGCCCCAGAGAUGGAGCUGGACGCUGACCUGAGGAAGGUGGUGUCUGUGCGCGCCGGUGGAACUCUACGUCUGUUUGUGACAAUCAGAGGACGCCCGGAGCCUGCAGUGAAAUGGGAGAAGGUAGAGGGCACUCUCACAGACCGCGCCGCGAUCGACACCACCAGCUCCUACACCAUGUUGGUCAUCGAUAAUGUGAACAGGUUUGACAGUGGCAAGUACUCACUCACACUGGAGAACAGCAGUGGAUCCAAGUCUGCUGUGGUUGCCGUGAGAAUCCUGGACACUCCGAGCGCGCCGCAGAACUUUGCCGUCAAGGAACUGAAGAAGGACUCUAUCACUCUGGCCUGGGACACACCUCUGACUGACGGAGGCUCCAAGAUCACAAACUACAUUGUGGAGAAGAGAGAAUCUGUGCGUAAAGUCUACACAACUGUCACCAGCAACUGCACGGCCAACUCCUUCAAGAUUGAAGAGCUGCCCGAAGGAGGAACCUUCUACUUCAGAGUGUGCGCCGUUAACGAGUACGGACAGGGCCAAAGCGUCGAGACCAAAGAGAUCAAGAUUUCAGAAGUACCUCUGCCCCCGAACAAAGUCUCUCUCGUGGAUCAGACCAAGACCAGCGUGUCUUUGGCCUGGGAGAAACCAGCCCACGAUGGAGGCAGCAAAGUCAUGUGCUACAAUGUGGAAUUCAAGCCAAAGAGCGGAGACAAAUGGGGCACAGCCUGCACCGUCAAAGUCCUAGAGGCCACAGUGGCCAACCUGACACCCAACGAAGCGUAUCUGUUCAGAGUCGUGGCCAUUAACGAGAAGGGCAAGAGCGAGCCCAAAGACCUGGGGCUGCCGGUCAUCGCCAAGGACGUGGACAUUGAGCCCUCAGUAAACCUGCUGUUCCACGCUUACAGCGUCAAAGCCAAAGAUGACCUGACCAUCGAGGUGCCAGUGAGAGGCAGACCCAAACCUGUCGUCUCCUGGAAGAAAGAUGGCCUACCUCUGAAGCAGACCUCCUCCGUGACCAUCUUGAACACAGCCACCUCUUCAAAGAUCGUGAUCAAAGAGGCCAGCCGGGAGCACAUGGGCAAAUACGAGAUCACUCUGGCCAACAGCGGAGGAACGGUCUCCACGGACAUCACUGUUGUUGUCCUGGACAAACCCGGACCUCCUAAAGCCAUCAAAGUGGAUGCUGUCACCUCUGACAGCAUCACUCUGUCCUGGUCUCCACCCGAAUACGACGGCGGCUGCUCCAUCAGCCACUACAUCGUGGAGAAGAGGGACACCAACUCCCAGGAGUGGCAGAUGGCUGCCGGGAAUGUGGCCAGAACGGCCUUCAAAGCUGGGCGUCUCACUCACGGAUCAGAGUACCAGUUCCGCAUUUACGCUGUGAACAGAUAUGGAAAGAGCACAUACCUGGACUCACCCGGAAUCACAGCUCAAUACACCUUCAAACUGCCUGGACCUCCUUCCACUCCCAUCGUGAAACUGGCCACCAAGUCCUUCAUGAUCGUGACAUGGAACGAGCCGGUGAACGAUGGUGGCAGCCCUGUGCUGGGCUACCAUCUGGAGAGGAAGGAACGCACGAGCAUCCUCUGGACCAAGAUGAACCGCGGCAUGAUCAAAGACACAGAGUUCAAGGUGAGCGGCGUGGACGAGGGUAUGAUGUAUGAAUACCGUGUUUACGCAGAGAACAUCGCUGGCAUUGGUAAAAGCAGCAAAGCCUGCGAGGCCGUAGCAGCCAGAGACCCGUGCGACCCCCCGGGAACACCCGUAGUAACGGCCGUGACCAGGUCCUCUGUGUCUCUGUCCUGGGACAAACCCGAAUACGACGGUGGUGCCAAAGUGUCCGGCUACGUCAUUGAGCGUAGAGACCUGCCCGAAGGACGCUGGACCCGCUGUAACUUCACCAAUGUGGCCGAGACGCACUACGAUGCCACCGGCCUCACUGAGAACAGCCAGUACGACUUCAGAGUCAUCGCCAAGAACGCUGCCGGACUCUUCAGCGAGCCCUCAGACAACACCGGGCCAAUCACAGUCAAGGACGACGUGGACCCGCCCCGCAUCAUGAUAGACGUGAAGUACAGGGAGACGGUGAAGGUGAAAGCUGGAGAGACGCUGAGAAUCAGUGCCGACCUGGCCGGACGUCCUGCCCCCGUCGUCUCGUGGACCAAAGAUGGAAAAGAGAUUGAGCUGAGAGCCAGGAUCCAGAUCGUGUCCACAGACACAAGCACCGCUGUCGUGGUGAAGGACUGUAUCCGUCGUGACUCUGGUCAGUACGUCCUCACGCUGCAGAACAUCGCCGGGACGGUCACCAUGCCCAUUAACUGCGUGGUCAUGGACAAACCCGGGCCCUGCGCCGGGCCUCUUCAGAUCACCGGUCUCACGGCCGAGGCCUGCACUCUGUCCUGGGGCCCGCCACAGGAAGCCGGAGGAGAAAAGAUCACACACUAUGUGGUGGAGAGAAGAGAGACCAGCCGUUUGGCCUGGACCAUGAUCAAAGGAGACAUCACAAAGACCUUCUACAAGGUGAAGGGGCUGCUGAAAGGAGAGGAGUACAUGUUUAGGGUGCUCGCCGUGAGCAAACUUGGCACCGGAGAGCCUCUGGUGAGUGACCUUGUCAAGAUCACCGACCCCUUCACCAUCCCCACAGCGCCCCUGAGCGUUGACGUCACCGACAUCACCGGAGACGCCAUGACCCUGACCUGGUGCAAACCUGUGGCGGAUGGAGGCAGCCCCGUGAUCGGGUACGUGAUUGAGCGCAGAGAAAAGACCGGCAUGCGCUGGGUCCGUGUCAACAGGGACCUGGUGACUGAGUGCACGGCCGUUGUCACCAAACUGAGGAAAGGCUGUGAGUACGACUUCAGAGUGUACGCCGAGAACGCCGCCGGCCUCAGCCCGCCCAGCGAACAGUCUGCCACCUUCAGGGCCGCAGAUCCUCUGGUCAUUCCCUCUCCUCCCACCAAACCCAAGAUCAUAAACUCCACUAAAGAUUCCAUCUCCAUCGUGUGGAAGCCCCCCACUGAGGACGGCGGAGCACCUGUCCUGGGCUACAGCGUCGAGUACAGAGAGUACAUCCCUAAACCCCAGCCAGAGGAGGACGAGGAGGAGUACGAAGAGGAGGAAGAGGAGGAGUCUCCUGAGGAGCUGGCACGGUGGACUGAGGCCAUCGCUCUGACCAAGAGCCUGGAGUUCACCGUGAGCGGCCUGAAGACCGAUGCUCAGUACGAGUUCUGUGCCAAAGCCGUGAAUAAAAUCGGCGCGAGCAGCCGUAGCCCGUACUCUGAGCCCGCCGCCGCCAUGGACCGCACCUGUGAGCCCGCCUUUGACGUGGACAUCGAGAUGAGGAAAGUGCUGAUGGUCAAACACGGUGCCGCUUUCACCCUGAAUGUGCCCUUCAGAGGAAACCCCGCCCCCACAGCGGAAUGGACCAAGGAGGGAGUGGACCUGAAGGUCAGAGGAACCAUAGACUCCACAGAGUCCCACACUAAACUCACCAUCGACAAAGCCACCAGAAACGACUCAGGUGAAUACAUCGUCACCAUCACUUCGCCUCUCGGCACCGCCACACUGCCCAUGGUGGUUAAGGUCCUGGAUUCGCCUGGACCGCCCAUGAACGUGAAGGUGUCUGCGGUGACCCGCGACUCCGCCACACUCACCUGGGAGCCGCCGGAGAACGACGGAGGAGACGCGGUGAAGGCGUAUCACGUGGAGAAGAGAGAGGCCAGCAAAAAGGCCUGGGUCUGCGCCACAAGCAACUGCCACGAGCUGAGCUACCGCGUGGAGGACCUGCAGGAGGGAGCCAUCUACUACUUUAGAGUCAUAGGAGAGAAUGAGUAUGGCGUGGGAGUGCCCCAGGAGGCCAAGGCCGGCACCAAGAUCACAGAGGUGCCCACGGCGCCGCUGAAGCUCGGUGUGGUGAAUGUGACCAAAGACAGUGUGACCAUCGGCUGGACCCGGCCCGAGUACGACGGAGGCAGCCGUGUGAGCGGGUACCUCAUUGACGCCCUGGAGAAGGGUCAAACCAAGUGGGUCAAAUGUGCCACCGUGCGCACCAUGAACCACACCAUCAAGAACCUGCGCGAGGGAGCUGAGUACUUCUUCAGAGUGAGAGCCGAGAACCACGCCGGCCUCAGCGAAGCCAAGGAGAUGAUCGUCCCUGUGCUGGUCAAAGAGAUCCAAGAAGCCCCAGAGUUCGACCUGAAGAACUAUCCCAAACACACAGUGUACGUCAAAGCCGGGUCCGACCUGAGCUUUGAGAUCCCUCUGACCGGACGCCCUCAGCCCAAAGUGGCUCUGUCCAGAAACAAUGUGGCCAUCAAGGCUUCAGACAAGAGGCUGACUGCAGAGGUGACGCCGGACAGUGUGGUCAUCUCUCUCACCGAGGCCAUCUCCAAAGAUGCCGGCAAGUAUGAGAUCACCGCAUCCAAUGCCGGCGGCACCACCAAAAUCAGCUUCACCUUUGUGGUCAUGGACAAGCCCGGCCCGCCCAUCGGCCCCGUGGAGGUCGGAGAAGUGGGGGAGACCAGCGUGUUCCUGAAGUGGACACCUCCCGAGUACGACGGCGGCAGUCCCGUGACGCAUUACGUCGUCUUAAAGAGAGAGACCAGCACUCCAGCCUGGACCGAAGUCACCACCAACGUCGCCCGCAGCGCCAUCAAAGCCACCAAACUGACCAAAGGCGAGGAGUACCAGUUCAGAAUCAAAGCUGUGAAUCGCUACGGCGUCAGCGACCACAUCGACAGCAAACCCGUCAUGAUCAAACUGCCCUACACCAUCCCCGGACCCCCGUCCACACCCUGGCUCUCGCUGGUGUCCAGAGAAAGCCUGACCGUGUGUUGGAACGAGCCUGUGGCUGAUGGUGGAAACCCCGUGUUUGGGUACCACCUCCACAUGAAGGAGCGCAGCAGCAUCCUGUGGCAGAAAGUCAACAAGACCGCCAUCCCCGGAAACCAGUGGCGCGUCACCAACAUCCUGCCCGGCAUGAUCUACGAGUUCAAGGUGGCGGCCGAGAAUGCCGCCGGCAUCGGCAAAAUGAGCAAGACCUCCGAGGAGGUUCUGGCCAUCGAUGCCUGCGAGCCACCCGCCAACGUGCGCGUGACAGAAGUGACCAAGAACUCAGCGACUCUGGCCUGGCAGCGCCCGCCAUACGACGGUGGCAGUAAGAUCACCGGCUACAGCGUGGAGCGGCGAGAGUCCCCCAGCGGACGAUGGGUCAAAGCCAACUUCACCAACAUCAUCGAGAUGGGCUUCACCGUGUCUGGCCUGAACCAGAACGAGGCCUACGAGUUCAGAGUGUACGCCAAGAACGCCGUGGGCUCUGUCAGUAACCCGAGCCUGAUCGCCGGGCCAGUGACCUGUGUGGACAUCUCCGGAACCCCCGCCAUAGACCUGCCGCCGGAGUACCUGGACGUGGUGCGGUACAAGGCCGGUUCUUCUGUGAAGCUCAGAGUGGGCUUCACUGCCAAACCUCUUCCCACCAUCGAGUGGUCGAAGAACGGAAAAGAGCUGGUGACCACCUCCACCGUGUCUGUGGAGAACACCACAGACUCCAGCGCCGUCCUGGUCAAAGACGCCACUCGUGCCGACACUGGAGCCUACGAAGUCAAGGUCCGAAAUGUCCUGGGCAGUGCCACGGCCACCAUCCGCAUGGAGAUCCUCGACAAACCCGGUCCCCCUGCCGGCCAGAUCACCUACACUUUGGUCUCUGCCGAUAAAAUCUCCUUCCGCUGGGAGCCGGUGCCUGAGUCGGACCAGGGCGGGUACAAAGUCACUCAUUACAUCGUGGAGCGCCGCGAGACCAGCCGCGUCGUGUGGUCCACCGUGUCCGAGCACCUGGAGCAGAACUUCGUCAGCGUCGGAAAACUGGUCAGUGGAAACGAGUACGUGUUCAGAGUGAUGGGCGUCAACAAGUACGGCGUCGGCGAGGCGCUGGAAAGUGAGCCGGUCAUCGCCAAGAACGCUUUUGUGACUCCUGGUCAGCCACGCACUCCCGAGGUCACGGCGAGCACCAAAACCACUCAGGUGGUGGAGUGGGACAAGCCGGGCGUGGACGGCGGCAGCACCGUGAGCGGGUACUACCUGGAGCGCCGCGACAAGAAGAGCCUGCGCUGGAUCAAAGUCUACAAGGACCCGGUGACGGAGCCCAAGCAGACGGUGUACCACCUCACUGAAGGAAGCGAAUACCAGUACAGAGUUUGCGCCAUUAACCGCGCCGGAGAGGGACCCUUCUCCGACGCCUCCGACUACUACAGAGCAGCCGACCCUGUCGACCCUCCAGACGAGCCCGUGAAGCUGAAGGUGGUGGACUCCACAAAGACCUCCAUCACCCUGGGCUGGUCCAAGCCCGAGUGGGACGGAGGCAGCGAGGUUCUCAGCUACAUGGUGGAGAAACGUGUGGGCGAGGAGGACUGGACCAUGGUCACGUCCAAAGGCGAAGUGAAGACCACAGAGUUCACCGUCCACGACCUCAAGCCCGACACCGACUACUACUUCAGAGUGUCUGCGGUGAACUGCGCUGGGCGUGGAGAACCUCUGGAACUCACCGAGCCAGUGCAGGCCAAGGACAUCCUGGAGGAGGCUCAGGUGGACACUGACGUGGCCAUGCGCACGCACUACGUGGUGAAGGCCGGUAAAGACGUGGAGCUGUCUGUGCCCAUGAAGGGGCGUCCCGCUCCCACCGCCUCCUGGUCUCUGGGCGAAACCUGCAUCGACAAAGACCCCAGAUAUGAGUUCCAUCACACGGACACCACCUCCACGCUGGUGCUCCGGGAGGUAACCCGUAACGACACCGGAAAGUAUCACGUGAAGAUCGAGAACGGCGUGGGCGAGCCCAAGAGCCUGACGCUGUCCGUGAAGGUCCAGGACAGUCCGGCCCAGUGUCAGAACCUGGUGCUGAAGGACGUGACCAGAGGGAAGGUCACGCUCUGCUGGGAACCGCCGCUGUCUGACGGAGGAGCCGAAAUCACCAACUACAUCGUGGAGAAGCGCGACUCCAGCAAACGCAGCUAUUCCGCAGUGACCAGCAAGUGCAUGGAGACCACCUACACCAUCGAGGACCUGUCCGAGAAGACCUCCUUCUUCUUCAGAGUCCUGGCUGAGAAUGAGAACGGCGUGGGUGACCCGUGUGAGACCGCCGAGCCGGUGAAAGCCACAGAAACACCAGGCCCUGUGAAGGACGUGGUCAUGAAGGACUCCUCCAAGACCUCCGUCACACUGCAGUGGGUCAAACCAGACUAUGACGGCGGCAGCAUCAUCUCCGACUAUGUGAUCGAGAAACGCGUUAAAGGAGAGGAGGAGUGGUCCGCCGGGGGAGCCAGCCGCCACUGUGAGUUCGAGGUGAAGAAGCUGAAGGAGCAUUCGGAGGUCCAGUUCAGAGUCGCCGCACGAAACGAGAAAGGACAGGGAGACUUCACCAUGUCCCAGCCCAUCAAAGUGGUGGACUACAUCAUCCCUCCAGAGGCAGACCUGUCCGAGUACCCCGGCGGUCAGCUGAACAUCCGCCUGGGCCAUAAUGUCCAUGUGGAGCUGCCGUACAGAGGCAAGCCCAAACCUUCGGUCAUCUGGCUCAAAGACAACCUGCCCCUGAAGGAGAGCGACCAGAUCCGCUUCAAGACCACAGAGAACAAGGCCACGCUGAUGAUCAAAGCUGUGCGCAAAGACAACGAAGGCAAGUACACGCUCACGCUGGACAACAAGGUGAACAGGAAGUCCUUCCACCUGCACGUGGUGACUCUGGGGCCGCCCUCCAAACCCGUGGGGCCCAUCAACCUGGACGAGGUCAGAGCGGAGAGCAUCACCAUCUCCUGGGAGGAACCCAAUGACGACGGAGGCGGAGAGAUCACCUGCUACUCCGUGGAGAAGAGAGACACGUCCAAGAACGAGUGGAAGAUGGCCUGCUCCGCCGUCACCGACACACGCUUCAAGGUGCCUAACCUCAUCAAAGGGGUGCAGUAUCAGUUCCGUGUGUGUGCGGAGAACCGUUACGGCGUCAGUGAGCCACUGCUGUCUCAGAUGGUCGUGGCCAAACACCAGUUCAGACCUCCAGGUCCUCCGGGAAAACCCUUCGUCUACAACGUGACCAACGACGGCAUGAGCCUGCAGUGGGAGAAGCCGCUGUACGACGGCGGCACGCCCAUCCAGGGCUACCACGUGGAGAAGAAGGAGAGCAACAGCGUCAUGUGGCAGAAGGUAAACACGGUCCUGGUGAGGGAGACAGAGUUCCGGGUGCUGGAGCUCAUCGAGGGGCUGGAGUAUUCCUUCAGAGUUUACGCCCAGAACGACGCCGGACUGAGCCGCACCAGCGACGAGAGCAAACCCACGAUGGCAGUCAGCCCCGUGGACCCGCCUGGGCAGCCGGAUUACACCGACAUCACGAGCGACAGCGUGUCUCUGAAGUGGGACGCGCCCAAACGCGAUGGCGGCUCCAAGAUCACGGGCUACACCAUCGAGAAACGCCAGGGCAAAGGACGCUGGUUUAAGGCCAACCUGACGGACUGCACCGACUGCCAGUACACCGUCACCGGCCUCGCCACCAACGAACGCUACGAGUUCAGAGUCAUCGCCCGCAACGCCAUCGGGGUGGUCAGCCCACCGUCCAACUCGUCCGGUCUGAUCAUCGUACGCAGCGAGAACGCUACACCAAAUCUGGAGUUCGGUCCUGAGUACUUCGAGGGACUCACAGUGAAGGCGGGCGAUAACAUUCGCCUGAAGGUGACGGUGACCGGACGCCCCACGCCCAAAGUUGUGUGGUUCAGAGACGGAGUAGAGAUCACCAAGAAGAUGAUGGACAUCAUCACUGUCUCAGGCUCCAGCACGGUGUUCGUCCGAGACGCCGACCGCUCUCACCGCGGCCUGUACGCCGUGGAGGCCACCAACAACUCUGGCACCAAAAGGGAGGAGAUCUUGGUCCAAGUGCAAGACACUCCCGGCGAGCCGGUUGGACCCAUCGUCUUCUCAGACAUCUCUGAAGGGAAGGCCACUCUGUCCUGGGGUCCUCCUGAGAACGACGGCUGCUCUGAGGUUUCGCAUUACAUCAUCGAGAAGCGCGAGACAGCAAAGAUUUCAUGGGCGCUGGUGACGGACGAGUGCACCAGCUGCUCCUUCACUGCCACCAAACUCAUCAAGACCAACGAAUACCAGUUCAGAGUGUCUGCCGUCAACAAGUUUGGUGUGGGCCGGGCGCUGGAGUCCAGCCCAGUCAUCGCACAGAUGCAGUACACCACUCCCGAUGGCCCUGGCACUCCCGACGCCACUGAGGUGACCGGCGAGAGCAUCACCCUCUCCUGGACCCCACCAUCCUCUGAUGGAGGAAACCCCAUCCAGCACUACAUCCUGGAGAAGCGCGAGAAGAAGACGAUGCGCUUCUACAAAGUAAUCACCAAAAAGCCAAUCAUAGAGUGUGCGCACAAAGUGACCGGUCUGACUGAGGACGUGGAGUACGAGUUCCGUGUGAUGGCGGUGAACGACGCCGGCGUGGGCGCGCCCAGUAACGUGUCCAUAGCAAUUAAAGCGGCGGAACCCAAAGACAUCCCCUGUGCCCCGUCCAUCAUGUGCGUGUCCGACACCACCAGCUCCUCCAUUAGCCUGGAGUGGACCCGGCCAGCCGACGACGGCGGCAUGGAGGUUCUGGGCUACAUCCUGGAGAUGGCCAAAGGAGAAGAAGAAGAGUGGAAACGAGUGAAAGAGACCGAGCUCAUCCCAGAAACACACUUCACCGUGAGCGGACUGGAGAGCGGAGCGUCGUACAGGUUCCGUGUGGCGGCGGUUAACCACGUUGGCCGUGGUGAGGAUCUGACGUUACCAGAGCCGGCGCAGGCAGUGGAGCGUCUGACGGCGCCCCAGGUGGACAUCGACGCCACCUUCAAACAGACGCACAUCGUGAAGGCCGGCGGCUCCGUGUACCUGGGCGUGCACUACAGAGGAAAGCCUGUGCCCGCCGCCUCGUGGGCGAGAGACGAGGGCGAGCUGGGCGCCAUGACAGAGGUCCAGACCACAGACGGGCACAGCACCCUGUCCAUCGAGAACUGCUCCAGAACCGAUUCUGGAAAAUACACUGUAACCCUGGAGAACAGCAGCGGCAGCAAGGCCAUCAUGUUCACCGUAAAGGUCCUGGACACGCCCGGACCUCCUCAGAACGUCAUGUUUAAGGACGUGUCCCGCGGGUCCGUCACGCUGGUGUGGGAGGCGCCCGUGUGCGACGGCGGUGCAAGGAUUCACCAUUACAUCGUGGAACGCCGCGAGGCCAGCCGACGCACCUGGACUCAGUCCGGCUCCAAGACCGUCGUCCCCGAGCUGAAGAUCGACGAGCUGUUGGAGGGAGUGCCCUACUUCUUCAGAGUUCUGGCAGAGAACCAACACGGCCUGGGCGAACCCUUUGAGAUCACGGAGCCGGUCAUCGCCACCGCCGAGCCCUCGGCGCCCAAACGCCUGGACGUACUGGACACCACAGACUCCACCGUGGUGCUGGGCUGGCUUAAACCGGAGCACGAUGGAGGCAGCCGUAUCCAGGGGUACCUCAUCGAGGCCCGGCCCAAAGGAGGAGACAAGUGGGUGGUGGUUGGAAACACUAAGAACCUCACCUACACCGUGGACAAACUCAACAAGAACGACCAGUAUGACUUCAGGGUGAAGGCCAAGAACGAGGCGGGCUACAGUCUGCCCAAAGAGACCAUCGCCUCUGUGCUGGUUAAAGAACCACACAUUGAACCUGCCGCUGACCUCAGCGAGAUCAUCAACCAACUGGUGUCCUGCCGCUCCGGCAGCUCCUUCACCAUCGAAGUGCCCAUCAGCGGCCGCCCCGCCCCCAAAGUCUCCUGGAAACUGGAGGACAUGAGGCUCAAGAGCUCCGACCGCGUGAGCAUCAAGACCACCAAGGACCGCGCCAGCAUCACCGUGAAGGAGGCCAUGAGAGGCGACGGAGGCAAGUACUACCUCACCCUGGAGAACGCUGCUGGAACCAAGACCUUCUCUGUGGAGGUGAACGUGACUGCCCGCCCCAGCCCGCCCACCGGACCUAUCGAGAUCUCCUCCAUCACCUCUGAGUCCUGCGUAAUCGCCUGGGAGCCGCCCGAGGACGAUGGAGGCACCGACAUCACCAACUACAUCGUGGAGAAGCGUGAGUCUGGGUCCACGGCCUGGCAGCUCAUCAACUCCAGCGUGAAGAGGACCUCGCUCCACGUGGGCCACCUCACCAAGUACAUGCAAUACACCUUCAGAGUGUCGGCAGAAAACCGUUUCGGUGUCAGCAAACCCACUGAAUCCGAGACCAUCGUCGCCGAGCAUCCCUUCACUCCGCCUGGCCCGCCCACGCGCCCCACCGUGUUCAACGUCACGGCGAACUCCUUGACGCUGAAGUGGGAGGAGCCGUACAACGAUGGCGGCAGCAAAGUGACGGGCUACUGGAUCGAGAAGAAAGAGAGGAACAACAUCCUGUGGGUGCGCGAGAACAAGAUCCCCUGCUUCGAGUGCUACUACAAGGCAGAGGAGCUGGUCGAGGGGCUGGAGUACCAGUUCAGAGUCUACGCCAUGAACAGCGCUGGCCUCAGCAAAGCCAGUGAGGCCAGCAAGGGCGCCGUGGCCCAGAACCCUGUGGACCCUCCGACCAAACCCGAGGUGACGAACGUGACGCGCACCACGGUGUCUCUGAAGUGGGGCGCUCCUCUGAACGACGGCGGUUCGCCCAUCAGCGGGUACAUCGUGGAGAGGAAACCGUACACGGUGACGGGCGAAGGCCGCUGGCUCAAGUGCAACUACACCAACGUGACGGACACCGCGUUCACUGUGACGGCGCUCGGCGAGGGCGAGCCCUACGAGUUCAGGGUCAUCGCCAAAAACCAGAACCAGGUCUUCAGUCUGCCCUCCGAGUCCACCGGCUCCGUGCAGUGCAAGACCGACUUCGAACCUCCUAAAGCUCAGUUGGACAGUAAGCUCCUGUCUGAGACCGUGUUUGUCCGUGCCGGGUCGGACCUGGUUCUGGACGCGGCGGUCGGGGGCAGACCGGACCCCAAGGCCUCGUGGUCCAAAGGAACCCGUGAGCUGGAGCUGUGCGAGAAGUACCAGCUGACCUACACGCCCACCAAGGCCCUGGCCGUCAUCAAGUUCUGCGACCGCGAUGACACCGGCAAAUACGUCUUGACCGUGAGGAACGUGAGCGGAACCAAGACUGCCGAGGUCAACGUCAAAGUGCUCGACACUCCGGGCGUGUGUGAAGGUUCCAUCGACAUCUCGAAGGUGACGGAGGAGUCGUGCGUCCUGUCGUGGAAGCCGCCGCUGGAGGACGGCGGAGACGACGUAGCGCACUACGUGGUGGAGCGCCGCGACACCAACCGCCUGAACUGGGUCAUCAUGAACGCCGAGUGCAAAGAGACGUGCUGCGCCAUCAGCGGCCUCUUCAAAAACACUGAGUAUCUGUUCAGAGUCAGAGGCGUCAACAAGUACGGCACCGGUGUGCCCCUGCAGUCCGCCCCGAUGAUCGCACGCAACACUUUCACUGUACCCUCUCCGCCCGGUCCGCCCGAGAUCCUGGCCUCCGGCAAAGACUUCGCCACCAUCGAGUGGCUCAAACCCGAGUCUGACGGAGGCAGCCCCAUCCUGCACUUCCUGGUGGAGCGGCGGGAGAGGAAGAGCGCCCGCUGGGUCAAAGUGAACCGCGACGGGCACCACACGGACACCACCCUCAAAGUCUGCAACCUCACUGAAGGAAACAUCUACCAGUUCAGAGUCACCGCCAUCAACAAGGCCGGGGAGAGCGAGGCCAGCGAGGUGUCGCUCUACGUCGUCUGCAGGGUGCCCACAGGUGUGCCCGCUCCCCCGUCCAUCCCCCGCAUCAUGGACACUCACGCCGACAGCAUCAGCCUGGCGUGGGCUCGGCCCGUGGAGGAUGGCGGCGCAGACGUGAUGGGCUACCUCCUGGAGAUGCAGGAGUCUGGAGCUGAAGAAUGGACCAAAGCUCACGAGAAGACGAUCCGCUCCACAGAACACACCGUCACCGGCCUCACCGCCGGAAAGAAGUACGUGUUUAGAGUCGCCGCCAUCAACAUCAACGGCACCGGAGACUUCAGCGACUCGUGCGCCGAGACCGAGCCGAUCGAGAGACUGGAAACCCCAGACUUCGAGCUGCACGACGACCUGAAGAAGACGGUCUGCCUGAGGGCGGGCGGCUCCCUGAAGAUGCAGGUGAACGUGACAGGUCGCCCCACACCUGCCAUCACCUGGAGCAAACCGGGCGUGGACCUGCACAACCGCGGCUUCAUCGAGGUCACGGCCACAUCCACGCAGCUCAUCAUCGACAAAGUCCACCGCUACGACGCCGGGAAGUACACGCUAACCGCCGAGAACAGCGCCGGCAAACAGGAAGUGAACAUCCUCGUCAAAGUCUACGACACGCCUGGUCCCACUGGUCCAAUCAAAAUUAAGGAUCUGACCAAAGACAGUGCGACCAUCUCGUGGGACGCCCCGACCGUGGACGGCGGCGCUCCUGUCAAUAACUACGUGAUCGAGCGUCGGGAGGCGUCCAUGAGGGCGUACAAAACCGUCACGUCCAAGUGCAGCAAGACGUCGUACCGCAUCGACAACCUGCUGGAGGGAAUGCUCUACUACUUCAGAGUCCUGCCGAACAUCUACGGAGUGGGCGAGCCCCGAGAGACGCCCGACGUCAUCCUGGUCUGCGACGUGCCAAUGACGCCCGCCAAGUUUGAGGUGACAGAUGUGACUAAGUCGUCGGUGAGCCUGGGCUGGGAGAAGCCGGAGCACGACGGCGGCAGCAGACUCACCGGGUACCUGAUCGAGGCCUGUAAGGUUGGCACAGACAAGUGGAUGAAGGUGGCGACACUGAAACUCACCGACUUUGAGCACACGGUGGAGAAACUGAACGAGAAGGAGCAGUACCUGUUCAGGAUCAGAGCCAUCAACAGCCGAGGAGCCAGCGAGGCCCGAGAGCUGGUGACCGCCGUGACCGUCCAGGAGCAGAGAGUGAUGCCGGCCGUGGACUUGUCCACGUUGCCUCAGAAGGUGGUGAACGUUCUGUCCGGAAAGACGCUGGAGCUGGAGCUGCCGAUCAUUGGACGCCCGCCGCCCGUCAGCGCCUGGUACUUUGGCGAUAACCGCCUGAAAAUCACCGACCGCAUUAAAAUAAAGGGCACGGGCAAGAGCGUCAGCCUCACCAUGGCAGACACCUCCAUCGACGACUCCGGAGAGUACACGCUAGAGCUGAGGAACGCCGUGGGCACCAUCAGCGAGAAGAUCAAGAUCAUUGUUCUCUCCAAACCCGACGCGCCCGAGGGUCCCAUGCAUUUCGACGAGGUAGACGCCACCUCAGUGGUCCUCAGCUGGAACCCUCCGCUCAGAGACGGGGGCGCACCUGUCAGCGGGUACGUGGUGGAGCAGAGGGACGCGCACAGACCGGGCUGGGUGCCCGUGUGCGACUCCGUCAGCCGCCCCACUUUCCGCUUCACCAACCUGAUCGAGGGCGACGAGUACGUGUUCAGAGCCGCCGCCACCAACCGCUACGGCACCGGGGAGUACCUGCAGUCUGAGGUGGUCACCUGCCGCAGCCUCAACGACGUGCCCGGACCGCCUGGCCGCCCCAUCAUCUUCGACGUGUCUCGUGACGGCAUGACCGUGGCGUGGGAGGCGCCGGUGGAGGACGGCGGUUUGGAGGUGUCGGGUUACAUCAUCGAGAGGAAGGAGGUGCGCUCGGACCGAUGGGUGCGCGCCAACAAGAACCCCAUCACCAUGACCCGCUACCGCUCCACCGAGCUCACCGAAGGGCUGGAGUACGAGCACCGCAUCACCGCCAUCAACGCCCGCGGCACCGGCAAGCCCAGCCUGCCAUCCAAGCCUGCCGUCGCCACAGACCCCAUCGACCCGCCCGGAUGCCCGCAGAACCCUCGCGUCACAGACACCACCAGCUCGUCCGUGUCUCUGGCGUGGAACCCGCCGGAUGACGAGGGCGACGCCCGUUUGGACGGGUACCUGAUCGAGAUGCAGAAGGCCGGAGGUGUGGCCUGGACCAAGUGCAACACGACGCCAUCGCUGAUCUGCGAGUACACGCUCACCAACAUGCCCCAGGGCGAGGAGUUCCACUUCAGGGUCCUGGCGUGUAAUGCCGGCGGCUGCGGCGAGCCCGCCGAGGUGCCCGGCAUCGUCAAGAUCACAGAGAUGCUCGAGGCCCCAGACUUCGAGCUGGAGCUGAAGUACAAAGACGUGUACGUGGUUCGCCAGGGCGGCGUGGUACGUCUGUCGGUGCCCAUCCGAGGAAAGCCGCGCCCGUCCUGCUCGUGGUCCAAAGACGGCGGCGCCGUGUCUGCGGCCGCCAUGAUCGCCUCCACUGAAGACGCCAGCGAGCUCGUCAUUAAAGGGGCGGAGCGCGGAGACAGCGGCGUCUACAACCUCCUCCUGGAGAACCGCGUGGGCAAGAAGAAGGCCCAGAUCAAGGUGAAGGUGAUCGGCCGUCCCGGCGCUCCACAGGGCCCCUUGGUGUUUGACGAGGUGCAGGCCAACAGCGUGAAGGUGAGCUGGCAGCCCCCGGCCGACGAUGGCGGCUCCGAGGUCCUCGGGUAUAUCGUGGAACGCCGCGAGGCGGCGAGGAACGCCUGGUACACGGUGGACUCGCGGGUGACGGACACACACCUCCUGGUGAAGGGACUCAGAGAGGGAACAGAAUAUCACUUUAAGAUCACCGCCGAGAACGCCUUCGGCAUCAGCGGAUCCCUUAAGUCCGAUCAGCCACUGGUGCCCAAGACCCCACUGUGUGUUCCGGAGCCAUCGUCGUCACCUCCUGAGAUCAUGGACGUGACCAAGAGCUCCGUGGCUCUGUCCUGGGCGCGCCCCAAAGACGACGGCGGUUCGGCCAUCAUCGGAUACUUCAUCGAGUUUAAGGAAACAUCUGCCGAGUCCUGGAGUCGCCACGGCGCCAAAGUGACGUCCACCAUGUUCACCGUGUCCGGACUGACCGCCGACGCCGAAUACAGCUUCAGGAUCGUCGCCGUCAACGACAUCGGCGAGAGCCAGCCAGGCCCCGCCUCCGACCUGGUCACCUGCAAGGAUCCAUUUGAUAAACCCAGUCAGCCUGGUGAGAUCGACACGGUGGCGGUCACUAAUAACUACAUUUCUUUGCGGUGGUCGGCGCCGGAGUGCGACGGCGGGAAGCCCGUGCUCGGAUACUGGGUGGAAUAUCGUAAAUCCAUCGAGAGCUCGUGGAAAAAGUGCAACAAGCAGCGGCUGAAGGAGGCGGAGUUCCUGAUGCCAGGACUCGCCGAGGCCACCGAGUAUGAGUUCAGAGUGUUCGCCGAGAACGAGACCGGAAUGAGCCGACCCAGAAGGACCGCCACCUGCAUCAAGACCAAGCUCAUGGUGGAGAACAAGCCGAGCCUGAGGAAGGAGAUGGACGAGGUGACGGCCAAACUGGGGCAGCCUGCGGUCAUGAAGUGCCAGAUCAUUGGGCGCCCGGUGCCCGACAUAAAGUGGUACCAUGCGGGCAAAGAGGUGGUCGAGUCACGCAAGUACGAGAUGAGCUCCGAUGGGCGCAACCACUCUCUGUCCAUCAUGACCGACCAGCAGGAGGACGAGGGCGAGUACACCUGCAAGGCCACCAACGAGGCCGGCGAGGCGGAGACCACGGGCGUCCUGGUCCUGGAGGCUGCGCCGCGCUUCCAUCCCGACUACCCGCUGCGGGAAACGUACCACGCCGGCCUGGGCACGACGCUGAGGAUCCACGCCGUUUACAUCGGCCGCCCCGAGCCCAAGAUCAUGUGGCUGCACGGUGCCAAGACGCUGGAGCCCACGGACGACAUCAGCAUCGAGACCACGGAGCACUACACCCACCUGGUCAUCAAGAACGUCCAGCGCCGCGUGCACGGCGGCAAAUACCGCAUCCGCCUGCACAACCACUUCGGACGCACCGACACCGCCUUCAACGUGGACAUCUACGACAAACCGGAUGUUCCUCAGGGCCCGAUCCGCCUGGACGCGCUCCUGAAGAACUCUGUGAUCAUCAGUUGGAAGGCGCCGGUGGACGAUGGCGGCUGCAUGAUCACAAACUACAUUGUGGAGAAGCGCGAGGACAAGGAGGGGGCGACGUGGGAGCUCGUCUCCUCCUCCGUCAACGGCACCAGCUGCAGGGUCCCCAACCUGGUGGAGAGCGCCGGGUACUUCUUCAGGGUCUACGCCCAGAACGGCAACAGUGAACCACUGGAGCUCACCGCACCCAUCCUCAUCAAGAGCCAGCUCGAGAGACCGUCUCCUCCUCUGUCUCCCGUUGUCUCCGGCAUCACAAACACAUCCUGUGUUGUGUCGUGGAAACCUCCGCUCAGCGACGGCGGCUCCAAGAUCAAGUGCUACCACCUCGAGAAGAAGAACAAGAAGGACAAGAAGGACUGGACCGAGUGGACCGCCGUGACCACAGACGAGAUCAAACAGACCGUGUUCUCCGUCAAACGCCUGACCGAAGGCGUGGAGUACGUCUUCAGAGUCAAGUGCGAGAACCUGGGCGGCCACAGCGACUACAGUGAGGAGACAGCACCUGUCGUCCCAACCACUCCAGUGGAUGUCAGAGCGCCCGCCUUCAAGGAGGAGCUGAGGAACCUGAGUGUGAAAUACAAGAGUAAUGCCACACUGGUGUGCAAGAUCACUGGCCAGCCCAAACCCGUCAUCAAAUGGUUCCGCCGCGGCAAAGAGGUCCACUCCGAUGGCAAGAAGAUCAAAAUCCAGGAGUUCAAGGGCGGCUAUCACCAGCUGGUUAUCACCGAGGCCGAUGAGGAGGACUCCACUGUGUACCAGAUCAGAGCCACCAACCAGGGCGGCUCCAUCUGCGCCACAGUGUCUCUGGACGUGGAGAUCCCCGCCAAGAUCCACUUGCCCAAGAACCUCAAAGACAAAGAGGCCAUUCCGGCGCUACGCGGCGAGGUGGUAAACAUCAAGAUCCCGUUCGGCGGAAAGCCUGACCCUGUCAUCACCUGGCAGAAGGGGCAAGACCUGAUCGACAGCAACGGGCACUACCAGGUCAUCGUCACACGCUCCUUCACGUCUCUCGUCUUCCCCAAUGGCGUCGAGAAGAAAGACGCCGGCUUCUACAUCGUCUGUGCUAAGAACCGCUUCGGCAUCGACCAGCAGACGGUGGAGCUGGACGUGGCUGAUGUGCCCGACCCGCCCAGAGGCAUUAAGGCCAGCGACGUGUCCAGGGACUCUGUCACCCUGAACUGGGUUGCCCCCGCCAACGACGGCGGCAGCAGAGUCAUCAGCUACAUCAUUGAGAAGUGCGCAACCACGGCAGAGCGCUGGGAGCGUGUGGCUCAGUCCAGAGACACACGUUACACCGUCAUCAACCUGUUCGGAGGAACCAGCUACCAGUUCAGAGUCAUCGCCGAAAACAAGUUUGGCCAGAGCGCCCCGAGUGAGACGAGCGGUCCAGUCAUGACCAAAGAGGACAAGUCCCGCGUCCUGCUGUACGACCGCGAGGUGGAUGACUCCGACCGCGUGCCCAAAGGCAAAGCACCUCACUCUGAAGGCAAGAACCUGCACAACAAGUACAGCAUUGCUGAGGAGCUGGGCAGGGGCCAGUUUGGAAUCGUACAUCGCUGUGUUUCUGUGAGCUCUGAGAAAACUUACAUGGCCAAGUUUGUGAAAGUGAGAGGAGCCGACCAAGCCAUCGUGAAGAAAGAGAUCGCCACUUUGAACCUCUGCAAACACGUCAACUUCCUGCUGCUACACGAGUCCUUCGACAGCCCCGAGGAGCUGGUCCUGAUCUACGACUUCCUGUCCGGAGGAGACGUGUUCGAGCGCCUCUACAGCGCCGACUUUGAACUGAACGAGCGCGAGGUCGUGAGCUACAUCCGACAGGUGUGCUCCGCCCUGCAGUUCCUCCACGGAGAAGACUACGGUCACUUUGACAUCCGCCCUGAGAACAUCAUCUACACCACUCGCACCAGCUCCCACGUGAAGAUCAUCGAGCUCGGCCAGUCCCGCCACCUGACCCCCGGCGACAUCAUCAAGAUCCAGUACACCACAGCAGAGUACGCGGCACCCGAGAUUCACCAGAGCGACAUGGUGAGCACCGUCACAGACAUGUGGAGCGUCGGUGUCCUGGCAUACGUCCUGCUGAGUGGCCUGAACCCUUUCAUCGCCGAAACCAACCAACAAAUGAUCGACAAUAUCUCCAACGCCGCCUACAGCUACGACGACGAAAGCUUCAAGCAGGUGAGCGUGGACGCGCUGGACUUCACCGACCGCCUCAUGACCAAAGAGCGCAAACACCGUAUGACCGCCGCCGAGGCGCUGGCGCACCCCUGGCUCACCAGACCCGCCGAGGAGACGAGCACCAGGGCCAUCCCCACUGGCCGCCACAAGAGGUACUAUCAGACCAUGGUCCGAAAGGAGUGGUCCACUGUGGUGUCAGCCGCCCGCGUUGCCAGCGGAGGCUCCAUUCGCUCUCAGCGUGGCGUCUUCGUGGCUAAAGUGAAGAUCGCGCCAUUCGAGCACGGUCCGCUCGCCGGACAGAUCGCCCACUCUGGCAAUGACGGAGAUAGCAUCAAAUUCAUCUGCAACAUCGAGAACUAUGACAGCAGCACCGAGGUGACGUGGUACUGUGGCGUGCGGCAGCUGGAGGCCAGUGACAAAUACGUGAUGGAGUACGAAGACGGGCUGGCCACGCUCAGCCUGACCAAAGCCACUCGCGCCGACGACGGCACGUACCGCUGCAAAGUGGUGAAUGAAUACGGAGAGGACAGCGCCUACGCCGAGCUCUUCAUCAACGGCGUGCGCUCCUACCGGGACUUCUUCAUCACCAGGGUUGUGAAGAGGACGAAACGCCGCGUGGACACGGCGCGUCUGUUGCAGAAACCGCCAGAGUUCACACUGCCGCUCGUCAAUAAGACCGCCUACCUCGGCGAAGACGUGCGCUUCGGCGUCACCAUCACCGUGCACCCGGAGCCCCGUGUCAUCUGGCACAAAUCUGGGCAGAAGCUGAUCCCAGGACAGGACGAUAAGAAAUACACUUUCAUCAGCGACAAAGGCCUGUAUCAGCUCAUCAUCCAUGGCCUGGAGGAGGAGGACGAUGCCGAGUACAGCGUCGUGGCUCGCAACAGAUACGGAGACGACAGCUGCAAAGCUCGUCUCACCGUGGUGCCCAGGCCCAAACCCGCCGACCUCACGCUCAGACCCAUGUUCAAACGCCUCCUCGCCAACGUGGAGUGCCGCGAGGGCCAAAACGUGCGCUUUGAGAUCCGUGUGUCUGGAAAACCAGCGCUGAAGUGGGAGAAGGACGGAAUGCCGCUGGCCUUUGGACCCUCCAUCGAAGUGGUGCACGAGGGGUUGGACUAUUUCAUCCUCCACAUCAGAGACACUCUGCCGGAAGACUCUGGCAUCUACAGAGUCACCGCCACCAACUCCGCUGGCUCGGCCAGCUGCCAGGCCACGCUGAGGGUGGAGCGCGUCGCCCAUGUGAAGAAAGAACCAGAGUUGAGUCCCAAAGAACUGGAGAAAGCCAAGGAGAAGGAGGAGAUGAACAAGAAGGUGCGACUGUCCCAGAUUUUGGCAGGAACAGAUGUCCUGCCGCUGCCUCCCGCCGCCAUCCAGGCUGUCAGAGAGGCCGCCACAAUGUUCAAACCCGCCGUGACCACAAAGAAGGGUGAAAAGACAGAAGCGGAGAUCCAGAAGGAAAAGGAAGAGAGGAAGAAGCGCGCAGAUGAGAAGAGGCUGCGUAUGCCUUACGUGGUGCCCACGCCGCGCACUGUGGACCCCGCUGUGCUGGAGGAGGACGUGCAGAUCAAAGUGUUCAAACCCAUGUCCGACAUGAAGUGGUACAAAAAGCUACGUGACCAGUACGAGUUCCCCGAGCCCAUGGACAAGAUCCGUGAGCGCCGUCCCAAACGUAUCCGCCUGUCACGCUGGGACCAGUUCUACGAGAUCCCCAUCCGCAUCAAGGAACAGUACAAGCCCAAGUGGAGGCUCCCGGCCGUUAGCCAGGAUGACCUGGAGACGGUGAGGCCCGCGCGCCACCGUACGCCGUCUCCCGAGAUGGACGCCUACCACCGCAUUCGCCGCAGGUCCCUGGGAGACCUGUCAGACGAGGAGCUGCUGCUGCCCGUGGACGAGUAUCUGUCCAUGAAGAGGAUGGAGGAGGAGCGGCUGCGUCUGGAGGAGGAGCUGGAGUUGGGCUACUCCGUGUCGCCCCCUAGCCUCAGCCCCGUGCGCUUCGAGCUGUCCGCCCUGAGACCGUCCUCCCCUCGACACCUGGAGGAGGAGGGAGAGGAGACCGUCUGCUACGAUUCCUACAAGAUUCCCUCCAAGUACGAGGCCGGGCCCAGCUUCGUGGACCUGCGUCAGCGUCACGACAAAGCCACAUACAAACCGCCCAAAGCGAAGCAGAGAGUGUACGAGGAGAGAGAGGUGACGGAGCUGCUGCGCCCGCCCACCACCGCCGGACGCAUCUCCUCCUACAAGAGCCAGCUCAAACACAUCGAGUUUGAGGAGAAGAUGCGCACCUCCACAAAGAAAGAGAAGGCCAUUGUGACCACUUACUCAGAGGAGGUUCAGAGCGAGCACCUGACCGCUUUCACUUCCGAGUACAUCCCUAAACCGCUGAAGAAACUGCCCCUGCCCGCGGCGGAGCCUGAGAGCACCCCAGAGAGGGCUAAGAUGGAGGUGACGUACUCCAAAGUCGACUUCGCGUCUCGGUAUGAAGAGAGGAAGCAGGCGCUGAGGGCCGAGAGGAAGUCUGUGGAGCGCAGAGAGGUGCCUCCUCAGGAGCCCUUCAGUUUAGAUCACGCCCCUCGCAUCACCAUCCGCCUGCGGUCCCACCGCGUGCCCUACGGAACCAACGCAUGUUUCACCCUGAACAUCCAGGCCAAACCCGAGCCCUACAUCACCUGGUACCACAAUGGCAAAGAGAUCGGCGCCGGCACCAAGUACCACAUGUCCAAUGUGAACGGUGUUCUGACGCUGAAGAUUAACCGUUGCGUGACCGAGGACUCCGGCACGUACCGCGUCGUUUGCCGGAACGCGCGUGGUGAGACCUCUGACUACGCCACGCUGGAGGUGGUGGGGGAGGAGUUUGCUGCUUUCUCCACUUUGACCAGAAGAGACGAGGAACCCCCGGCCUCUCACCUGCCAGAAAUGACCACAACCCAGGUCUACCACAUGUCCUCCAAAACCAUGAAGGAGACGUUCGUGAAGGAGACGGUCGUUAAGGAAACAGUCGUAAUGGAAACUAAACCCGCCGAGAAACCAGCCAAAAUCCUGACCAAGCCCCAGUCCGCGUCCGUGGAGGAGGGAGACGUGGUGCAUUUCGAGUGUGACUUCGAGGGAGAGCCGCUGCCUGUGGCGACUUGGAUUCACGAGGGCCAAACCGUGGGGCCGUCGGCGCGACACCACAUCGUGUCCAUGCGCUCCUCUUCCUCCUUCGACAUCUCGUCCGUGGAGAUGUCCGACGCCGGCAGCUACACCGUCCUCGUCCAGAACUCUGUUGGGAAACAGGAGGCGCACUUCACCCUGAGCGUAACCAAAAACCCAGCCAAAGAAACUGUGGUCCGAGUGACCUCUCCCGAAGCCCUAGUCAAGUCCCCGGAACCAGUCAAGUCCCCCCCCCGGGUCAAGUCUCCGGAACCAGUCAAGUCCCCCCCCCGGGUCAAGUCCCCGGUCUCGCCCAAGUCCCCGACCCCAAAGUCCCCCACACCAUAAGGACUCUGGUCUAACAGCGGUUCUGACCCGGGACCGCGCCAAGGACUGCCGGACUGAUUCCACUCUCACGGUCCAUGUAUAAAAGAUUUUAAAUUAUAGAUAUUAUUAUUAUUAUUAUUAUUAUUAAUUAGCACCAACGUCAUGAAUCUGGAUAUGUUCUUGUAAAUAACUAUUUUUGUACCAAACGUGACUUUAUGCCAAACUCCAGCCGAAUGUUCUGAAAUGUGCCUUUGUGCCUUUGGGCAAAGCCUUUUUGAAGACGUGUACAUAUGUAUAUGUGUUAUUUAUCACCGUUAUUGGAAGGGAGCUGUGUGAAUGUACUGCAGGAGAAAGUUCAUGAGGGACGACUACCCUGCCAAACAGAAACUAAACAUGCGCCUCAACUCCAGGUUGAAGACUAAGAAAGCCUCGGCGGGUGGAGCAAUCCCCGCCGACGAAUCAAACCAUAGAAUAAUGUUUAAAUAUAUGAUUAAAAAUAUAUUGAUAUAAUCUCUAGAGCGAGUUCUGAGCUAAGGCCCCGCGCGCCGCGUGCUCUACCCUCGAGUAAACGGCUCUACGGGCCUUGGCUCGAACCUGAACCAUGAAUUACACUGAGGCCGAGCGUACGGCCUGCGACUCGGCCUCGCAUUCUGAAGAGCGCCGGCCCCGCCCCUGACGGCCGGCCACGCCCCAAACACACCUGGCCUGAAGGGGGCGCCCGCGCUCUCCGGGGCGGGACCGGCGCCGCCUCCUGGAGGAAUCGUGUUCCGUUUGAGUGUGUUGUAGUUUUAGAAUCGUCAGUCGGGGCAGACGGAGAAAACCUCCUGUCGCGCCUCAACUCUGAGUUUGUAGAAGUUUCCUCCUCGAGUGUCUGGUUUAAAUAAAGCAUGACUCAGCACGAGACGCCUCA